CUACGCUCGUCCAGCUGUCGAACCUGGUAAAUCCUCCUGCUCGAAACCCAGUGCACGCUUGGGAGUCGCCGCGGUGCAUCCUGGGAGUGCUAGUUUUCGAGGCUCCGAGAGAGAAUGGCGUCGGGCGGGAACUGGACAUUGAGAGAACUACAUGCAGGAGGCGGGGUCCAGGGCGAAGGAUAUACGCGGCUCGUGGUGGCGAAGGCGGCUGUAGCGGCAGCAUGAAGCGAACCCAGACCGCCGAGGAGCGAGAGCGAGAAGCUAAGAAACUGAGGCUUCUUGAAGAACUUGAAGACACAUGGCUUCCUUAUCUGACCCCCAAAGAUGAUGAAUUCUAUCAGCAGUGGCAUCUGAAAUAUCCUAAACUCAUUCUUCGAGAAGCUGACCGUGUACCUGAGGAGCUCCAUAAAGAGGUUCAAGAAGCUUUUCUCACAUUGCACAAGCAUGGCUGCUUAUUUCAGGACCUGGUUAGGAUCCAAGGCAAAGAUUUGCUUACUCCAGUAUCUCGCAUCCUCAUUGGUAAUCCAGGCUGCACCUACAAGUACCUGAACACCAGGCUCUUUACGGUACCCUGGCCAACGAAAGGUUCCACCAUAAAAUAUACUGAGGAUGAAAUUGGUGCUGCUUGUCAAACCUUCCUCAAGCUGAAUGACUAUCUGCAGACUGAGACUAUCCAGGCUUUGGAAGAACUGGCUUCCAAAGAGAAAUCUAGUGAUGAGGCUCUACCAGUGUAUAUAGCUCCAGAUUUCCCCAGAAUUGGUAUCGGGUCAUCCUUUGAUCGACAGGAUGAAGUGGAUGUUAAGAGCAGAGCAGCAUACAACGUAACUUUAUUGAAUUUCAUGGAUCCCCAGAAAAUGUCAUACCUGAAAGAGGAGCCCUAUUUUGGGAUGGGAAAAAUGGCGGUGAGCUGGCAUCAUGAUGAGAAUCUGGUGGAAAGGUCAGCGGUGGCAGUAUACAAUUAUAGCUGUGAAGGCUCUGAAGAGGAAAGUGAGGAUGAUCCUGACCUUGAAGGCAGAGAUCCUGAUACUUGGCAUGUUGGCUUUAAGAUCUCUUGGGACAUAGAAACACCUGGCUUGGCAAUACCCCUUCACCAAGGAGACUGCUACUUUAUGCUUGAUGAUCUCAAUGCCACCCACCAGCAUUGUGUUUUGGCUGGUUCACAGCCUCGGUUCAGUUCGACCCACCGAGUGGCAGAGUGCUCCACAGGCACCUUGGAUUAUAUCUUUCAGCGGUGCCAGUUGGCUCUGCAGAAUUUGCGUGAUGCGGUGGAUGAUGGUGACGUCUCCUUGAAAUCCCUGGAGCCUACAGUUUUGAAACAAGGAGAAGAAAUCCACAAUGAGGUAGAGUUUGAGUGGCUGAGACAGUUUUGGUUUCAAGGCAGUCGAUAUAAAAAGUGCACCGAUUGGUGGUGUCAACCCAUGACUCAACUGGAAGGACUGUGGAAGAAGAUGGAAGGUGUGACAAAUGCUAUGCUUCGUGAAGUUAGAAAAGAAGGGCUCCCUGUGAAACAAAGGAAGGAAAUCUUGACUGCCAUCCUGGCCUCGCUCACCACCCGGCAGAACCUGAGGCGGGAAUGGCAGGCCAGUCCACUCUGCCUGAUGGACAGCUUGUUAUAGCUUUUAAAGAACCGGGCAAGCCCUCUGAUCUGACCCCUUCUUGACCUCUGCGGCCCAAAGGUCAGUCUGCAGCUAAUAAACUCUGAGGUUCUUAGGGUCUACUGUAGGAAAAGGCAGGAAAGGAGCAGCUGCAAGGGCUGGGCGUCCCAGGAUAGGCUGCUUUAGGGUCACUCUCUGAUAAUGAAAAUGAUUACCAAAUUAUAUGGAAGUUUAACUGCAGUAGUGAGUGAGAGGAGGGUGGAGCCCAACGUAUUAGGUUUGAUAAAUGAACUGUGAAGAGGCCCAUCUGGCUCUCAACAUCUUCUCUCCCCCUUUCCCUACCAAGGGGAUACAUUUUAAAAUAACAGCGAUACAUAUAGACUCAAUGACCCAUGCGAGGAGCUGGAAUGGAUUAAGAUUUAAUGGUGACAGUGGAAGAAAUUAUCAUUUGAAAAGUACACCCAAGAGAAGGUACAGUUCAGUGUCCAUGCCUGACUUGUUUUUCUAAAUAAAAUACAAUAAAAAUCAGUGCCUGUUUAUUUUAUACAGAGCCUCAGCAUCUUCCCUAGAUUGCUGAAAACUUUGCAGUCUUUGUUUAUUAUGGGAUAAUUAUUUGUAGUCAGCUUAAGGAAAGGAAAGGGUCUCCUUUUUCUUUGAACAUGUCAGAAUGAGAAUCAGACAUUUUGUUUCUGCGUCUUUGCUCAGUUUGCGUAGCUCAGGGAAAUCAAGUGUUAGAGAAAACACUUCGCAAAGAACUUGGUGCCCAUUUCAGCAUCUGACCACUGACCAUUAUGCGGUUUUUGAUACUGAAUAUGUGUGUGACUCCUGAACUGAGGCAUAAAGAGGGGAGGGUUAGGAGGGAGCAUUUGCCCCCAGGUACAAAUCCAAGGGGGCAUCAGAUGAAGCCAGCUGGUGAAUCACCACCCUGCCCCCCCCGAACACUUAUUUUAUUUCUACUAUAACUUGGCAGUUUUUCUGUACAAGUAAGAAAGUACAUAAUAUUUGUUAACUGCGUAUAUAUCUGCUCCCUUCUUUAUUCCUUUAAAAAAAAAAAAAUGCCAGCAUGCUAAUCAGUGCCAACAGUGAAUAGGUUCCAAGCUGUAUAUUCACUUACUGCUGAUUGAUAAGGAAAAUCUAUUUAAAGCCCUCCCCCCAGUUUCCUGUAGAGAUGAAGAAUCCUGGUUUCAGAGCAGUGACACUGGAGACCAUGAAGCACUGUGUUUUUCUGCAGAGAUGGCUGGCAUGUCCCAUGAUUGUCCUUGCUGAAACAAGAGUGAUUUUAUUCAAUAAACAUAAUGUUUGUGUAUAUUUUGUAUACCUGCUCUGUACAAAAUAUUGCAUAAGGUGCUGUGCAUAAUAUAGCAUGGUAGGCAGCUGGCUUAAGGAUAUCUGGCAGUGAGAAUUCAGGAGGUGCCUAGAAAGAGGCUGUGGAAGCAGUGACCAAGGCAGUGUGGUCAUUGCUACCACAGCAGAGUGGGAAGUUGCUCUUACUCUUUAAGGGAAGUAAGUAGGUGUCUUAAAAGACUAACCCAUUGCCAUCAAGUCAAUUCUGACUCAUAGCGACCCUUCAGAAAUGAGUAAAGCCCCCCCCCCCAUAGGGUUUCCAAGGAUGAGCUGGUGAAUUCGAACUGCCAACCAGGGCUCCCUUCAAAGAUUAGAAUUGUUGUAAUACAGAGAACCCCUUAUAUUGAACCACAUUAUCUACAUUAUGUAAGUCUCACCCAGUCAAUAAUUAUAUUAGAAAAUAGAAAUAAAAAGCUUUUAAACAUUAUCCCAAAUUAACAUGUUUUUCAUCUUAGGUUUUGACUUGACUUUGUAUGUCUGUCCGUGGGGAUUUAGAGUGAGCAGAGAGCUAGGUAAAGGAUAAUUCGGGGAGAUGAGAAAUGCUUUGAGAAUUAACUGUACUUUUUCACUUUAAAGCUGUGCCUUUAAAUUUCUGCUAAGUUAAUUUCAAAUACAAAAAAGAAAACAAAAGCAAGGCCAUUAGACUUAAAAAAAAAUUGAGAUAUAACUCACAUAACAUAAAAUUCGCCAUUUCGAUGUGUACACCUAGGUGAUUUUUAGUAUAUUCACAAGCUUGGACAACCAUCACACCAUCCAAUUCUAGAAUAUUUUCAUCAUCCCAAAAAGAAACCCUCUACCCUAUUAGCAGUCACUCUCAAUUCCCCCACAAUCUCCGUAACUGCUAGUUUACUUUUUGUCUCUAUGAAUUUGCCUAUUCUGGACAUAUCAUAUACAUGGAAUCAUAUACAUGGAGCCUCUUGUGGCUGGCCUCUUUCACUUAGCAUAAUGCUGUCAAGGUUCAUCUAUGUUAUAGCAUGUAUCAGUACUUCAUUCAUUUUUUAUCACUGAAUAAUAUUCCUUUGGGUGGAUAUAGCACAUGUGGUGUGAUGGAUCACUUUUAUAUGGUCCUUCUUGCCAUGGUCUUGUAACUCCCACCAAAUGACUGGGUGGGACUAUGCAAAUAAGGUGCUUGUGGCCCACCAGCAGGAUUAGAUAGCUUGCUGAUAAUGCGAAUAAGGUUCAUGGCACCCUUGUAGGGGUGGGGUUAUGCAAAUAAGGUAUAUGGAACCCUAACAAGGAAAUUGGUCAGUUUUGCCAUCUUGCCAGGCUUAAAAUGAGCCAUCCCAGAGGCAAAAAGAGGGGACCUCUCUACCACCAAGAAGAAGAACCAGGAGCGGAGCGUAUCUUUUGAACCCGAGGUCCUUGCGCUGAGAAGCCCCUAGACUCAGGAGACAGAGCUGUAACAUGGGAGAUGGCAAGAGGCAGUGAGAAGUAACAGCAGAGAAACAGCAGCAGCAGAACCCAGAGACCAGUGUGAGACUACCGUUGGGCUUGCCAGCCUACAGGGUGAGGCGCCUGUAGUGGGUGUGCCAAUCCACGGAGGGAGAGAACUGAGCACCUUUGGGCAGGAGGUUCACUGGUGGAGCGGCAUGCCUCUGGGUACUUGGCGGAGCUAGGCUUACGGGCCCAUGGAGCAAGAAAACUGAGUGCCUUCGGCCUGAAGCUUACCAGUGGAGUGGGGUACCCCUGGGCACUUACUGAUGGAGUUAUAGAGUUUUGUAACUCUUUCCCAAGCGGUGCGGGGGCCCAGAGACCUAGGGCUAGAGAGAGGCCUGCCUGCAGACAUGGCUGUGAGAAAGCUUCCCUGAUAGAAGAAUUAUAUCCUCAGUCAUUUCUGAUCCUGAACUGUAGCCUGUUACUUUCCUUAAGCCCCAGUGCCGUCGAGUCAAUUCCGACUUGUAGCGACCCUAUAGGACAGAGUAGAACUGCCCCAUAGAGUUUCCAAGGUGUUACUUCCCUUAUAAACCCCAUAAUCGUGAGUCUUAUCUGUGAGUUGUGUGUGGCUGUUGUAGUGAAUUAUCAAACCCAGCAAAGAAGUAGAGAGUGCCAUGGGAAGGAAGGCUGGGGUCAGAAUUGGUAAAAAGGUUGGAGAGAGGAGGUAUGUCUCACCUCUGCCUCAUAGGAAUCAGCCUUGGACUGUUGACCUUGAUUCUCCUUCCCUCUUUUGAAGUUAGAGGAGGUCACACACCCCUGCACCAUUUUUAUACCACAUUUUGCUUAUCCAUUCAUCAGUUGAUGGACAUUUAGGUUGCUUCACUUUUGGCUAUUAUGAAUAAUGCUGAUAUGAACAUUUGUGUGUUUUUGAGUGAACACAUGUUUUCAGUUCUCUUGAGUAUAUACCUAGAAAUGGAAUGCGGAUCGUGUGUUAAAUCAAUGUCUGACUGUUUGAGGAACUACCAGACUGUUUUCCACAGUGGGUGCACCAUUUUAUAUACCCACCAGCAAGGAUUUCUUCACAUCCUCACCAACACUUGUUAUUUUCCACCUUUUUUUUUUUUUUUUUAAAUUAAAACCGUCCUAGUGAUAUGUCAUAGCUAUGAGUUGGAAUCAUUUGAAUGGCUAUGGGUUUUUUAUGGGUUUUUAGUGAUGUUUCAUUGUGGUUUUGAUUUGUAUUUCCCUAGUGACUAUGUUGAGCAUCUUUUCAUGUGCUUAUUGAAGGCCAUUAGUUUUUUUAAUAGGAGAUUUUAAGACAUGGCAGACUUAAGGACUCAUCCCUCUUGUCAGUGGUAAAGAGGCUACAAGCUUGUUAAGGACAUUUGGCUUCUUGAAGGGAUGGGACUCCAACCAAGCCAUCGUGAGAUCACGGCUGCGCUCAUUUUUACAUUGUCCUGGGUUAGCCUGGCGCAUCAUUUAUUUGCAUGUGGCCCAACUUAUUUCCUUUCGGAGAGUCCCUCCGUAUUUCUUCUGUCAUUCUCUUAGUUUCUUUUAUUACAGCAUCUCUGAGCAUUGCACACUGGAUAGGAACGUAGUCUGAUUAAAUGGAAACUUGGUCCACUUAUAUAGGUCAAAUAGGAUUUAAGUGUGCCCCCAAAGUACAGGUGAUAGCUUCAUUUGAGGCCAAGGAGCCUUAAAAUGGUGCUGAGAACCUAAACAAAUGUUAUGGCAGUUUCUUAGAAAGGCUUUUAGAACUUCUUACCUCCAGCCUCCUCGGGCUUUGGCAGCUCAAAAAACUGCCAAGUUAGCUUUUUUUUUUUCCUGGACAAGUAGAACAACCAUCUGGUUAUUUGACUAUCUCCCUGAACCCCAGGAACCCAACCAUCAUCAGCACCUACCCCCAGGAUGGAUCCAUUCUGGACAGCAUUGUUAGGGUUCAAAAAUCUAGUUCUGAUAACCUAGAACUUGUAAUAAGUUGGAUUUCCUUUGCUAAGCUAAUCAUCUUGGCCUCUGAUCGAGUGCAACAGAAGAACGAUUUGUGUAAGUUACUUGCACUGGAUCAGCUGUGGUGCUGAGACCAGUGCGUGAGGCUUCCUCUGUGGCUAUCUGGUCUCUCCUUUUGCCUCCUGGCCAGCCUGAAUUGUACUGCCCCAUCCAAUUUAACAGUCAGCUAUUAUUUAUUUAGUGCUUACUGUAUACAAGUGACUGUGCUAGAUGCGGUGGGAAGUAUCAAGAUGAGCAUGAAACUGUCUCAACUUUGAAAUAAUUUACAGCCCUGAGCCAGCCAUUCCUGAUUCCCUGCCAUUCCUGAAAGUGAAAUGGAGCUGGGUGAGGAAAGGAAGAAUUCAGGGGGGAGGGAUGGUUUAAGAAGAAAUCUGUAAAGGCAUCUCUGGAAGCAUGCUUCUGAAUAAAGAGAUGGGUUUCAGUUCAGUAGGGGGCAACACUGAGGUGAAGUGUGGCUUCAGGUCUGUAUUUCAUCUGCUGCUCUUUCUUGGUUACCUGCUAAUGUCAUGAUGUGCCAUGAUAUUGGUACAGUGAUAUGCAUGGGCCCUAGUCCCCUGAUGUUUGGGUCAGAAUUUAUUUUCUGCCCUAGGGAGUUGUGGUCACAAAAAGUGGAACUACUAGACUUGAGGAUGGGCUCAGGAUGGUAAGGUGAUGCAGUUAUCUGCUGAGACAACAUGUGACUGGGCCAUUUGACUGCAUCUGCCGCUAAGAGACAGUGGCUGUUUAUUCUGGCAGAGUUAGGAGUGAGAAGUUGCAGGGUCUACAGUUCAGCAGCUUUUCAUUGCAACUAGCUGAAUUUUUGUGAUGUUGUGGGUAGGGAGGAGGAAUAAAUGAAGCAGAUUAGAGAGAGACAGAGGGAAGCCCUGGUCGGCUCGUCGUCAUUAACUGUCUUUCUUUUUUUUAAUGCAUCUGUCCCUUCUCCUUUUGUGAUUGUAGUCUCUGCUUUCUGUUGCCCUUAGCAGAAGAAUGUCCUUUGUGUCUCUGAACCAGAUUACUCCAUAAAACCCAAUAACUCCAUAAAACCCCCUCAUAAAGGUGUAGGAAUUGAAACAUUGUAUAAAUUCAGAGCAAGGAUUAAAUGUGUCUAGAGAUAGGGCUACCUUUCUUUCCAAGAUACAGCAACUUAUCUUAAGGAGGCAAGUGUUGUUAAUGUUAUUAGCCUUGUUACUGUCAUUAUUUGAACAGUUUUAUGAGGGACAAAAGCCAAUUGACUUCUGCGCAUCUUAUUUAUAAAAUCAACACACAGGCUUCAGUAUGAGCUUUGCUCCAGUGGAACAAGUGGCAGGUUUGUGACUGUGGUUAGUUGCCGGCUGCUUCUUACGGGGUAGGGCUUCUUAAACUUUUUGAGAAAACAUUGAUUCAUGCAUUUAUUUAUUCAAUAAAUAUUUAAUGAGUGCAUACUAUUUGCCAAGCACUGGUUCAGGUGCUAGGAAUACAGCAGUGAAUAAAACUGACAAGAAUUCUUCUCUCAUGGAGCUUAUAUUCUAGUGGAAUGACAGACAAGAACUGGUUCCCUGUGUGGGACUCUGCACAUUCCUGUUAGUGUAUAGUUGCCACAUCUGCAUAGUCAGUAACACUCAACAGAAUCAAAAUAAAGUCAUUCAGCUGAGUUAAAAAUAUUAGCUUUUCCUUCCUGAUCACCGUUGUAAAAUGGUCACUUGUUAUAAAACUCGCAUUUCUAGUUCUCGUGGCUUCUCUUUGUGAGAGAUUCAGGGAAUACGGAUGUUCUGAGGAACUUGGUUAAGAAGUGCCUUUCUCUCCGUAGACACAUCCAAACUCCCUGAGGGACCAAAUUGCUGGGCUGAGGGCUGUGGGGACCAUGGUCUCGGGGAAUAUCUAGCUAAACUGGCAUAACUUAGUUUAUAAAGAAAAUGUUCUAUAUUCUAUGUUGGUGAGUAGCAUCUAGGAUCUUAAAGGCUUGUGAGUAGCCAUCUAAGAUACUCUACUGGUCUUACCUCAUCUGCAACAAGGGAGAAUGGAGAAAAACCAAAGACACAAAGGAAAGACUAGUUUGAAGGACUAAUGGGCUACAAGUACUACAGCCUCCACCAGACUGAGUCCAGCACAACUAGAUGGUGCCCAGCUACCACCACUGACUGCUCUGACAGGGAUCACAGUAGAGGGUCCCAGACAGAGCUGGAGAAAAAUGUAGAACAAAAUUCCAGCUCACAUGCACACACAAAACAGACUUACUGAUCUGACAGAGACUGGAGAAACCCCAAGAGUAUGGCCCCUCAGACACCCUUUUAGCUCAGUAAUGAAAUCACUCCUGAGGGUCACCCCUCAACCAAAGAUUAGACAGGCCCAGAAAACAAAACAAGACUAAAUGGGCACACCAGCCCAAGGGCAAGGACUAGAAGGCAGGAGGGGACAGGAAAGUUGGUCAAAGAACCCACAGUUGAGAAGGGGAGAGUGUUGACAUGUUGUGGGGUUGGCAACCAGUGUCACGAAACAAUGUGUACUAAUUGUUGAAUGAGAAGCUAGUUUGUUCUGUAAACCUUCAUCUAAAGUACAAUUAAAAAAAAUAAAAUAUCAAGGGAAAAAAUCUCCAAAAAUAAUCUGCUUUCUGUAAGAUCGAAAUAUAGGCAAGAUGAUAGGAUUUUAUUUUAUUUUAAAGGAAUUUAAAAAUAAUUUAGAGAAACUGAAAAAAAAAAAAAACCUCGCCUUUCUUGGGCCUCCACAGCCUGACUGUCUCCUUAGAUUAUCUGCACCCUGGUACCUACUUCUUUUUCCAAGAAAUGUGUCACUUUAAUGGUCUUCACUUUAAAGGAAGGCUCAAAAUCAGGCCAUGUUAUAUUCACAAAGAUCUCUUAAGGGAGAUGCUGCACCUAUCUCACAGUAGGGCUUCACAUGCGAUCGUGCACUCAAGCUCUCAAGAAAUGGUAGUGAUUUUUGUGCGAGUGAUCCGUCAGUUAUGCAUUGAUUCCACAAAUAUUUAUCUAGUGCCUAUCCGGUACAAGACACUAUCCUAGGCCCUGAGGUUAUAGAGAUGAGUAACACUCGAUUCGAGGAAAUGUGUCAAACAAUGUAGUAUAAUAAAUGCUCUGAAAGAGGAUGAGUCAAUGUCAUGGGAACCCUUGUUUCAGGGCAGACAGAGUCAGGUUCUCCAUUAAGUCUAAGUGUUCUUGUGUGACCCUCACUGCAUGUCCAGGCACUGUGGGGAAUACCAUUGAAUAUGCACCAUUGCCAAAUUGUGUUGACUAUGAUGGCAGCAUUUUGUCUCCAAAUAUGCAUGGGAGAUAGGGGAGAAAUCUAUAUGUGAUUAUGGGUCUUUGGACAGCAUUUGUGUGACUCUUUCUCUAGAAGGACCUAGUUCUCAAUGUUGAAUGCGAAAAAAAAAAUUUUGUUUUCCUCAGGAGUAAAAUUUUAUUAAUAUAGCAUAAUGGUUUGGAGUGUAGAUUACCUGGGUUUGAAUCUUGGGCCCACUUCAAAAACACUGACUGAGUUACAGUUAUAGAUUGUAACUAGGCAAGUUACUUAACCCCUCUGAGCCUCAAUUUUCUCAUUUGUAUCUUGCCUCGGGAUAAUAAUAUAACCUAUUUCAGAAGGUUGAUGGGGCAAUUCCAAGUAAAACACCUAAAGCAAGUACCUGUAACAUACUAAGGUAUUCAGUAAAACUUAAUGAUCAUCAUCUUCUUCAGACCAAAGCAAGAAAGUCAAGAACAAACCCAGCAACACUCAUCCACUCUGGCUUCUCCUUUGAGAGAGUCUCCUACGUGACAACCCUAACCUCAAGGUAGGUGCUGGUGUUGCUGAAUCGGUGUAGGGAGGAACACUGCACUGGAGAUCAUUCUAUGCCAGGCCGUGCGCUAAGUAUGCACUCUCACAGAGAACUGAUGGAGAGAGGCUAGACUCCAGCUGGAAUCCUGUCUCCAGCCGGCUGUAGAACUCUGGGCAUGUCACAGGCUCUCUGGACCUUAGCAACUUCAUCUAAAAAGGAAGUGGCGUAAUCCAGCUCUGACCAGGAUGACUCUGUAAGUUAGAUUCCAGGGAACAGCCAAAGGUAGGCGAGAUUCCUGGUUGCUUUUACCCUUGCUACCUCCACCUUCCUUGAAGCCUUUAGUUGUAUGAUUUUUAACAAUAACAGCAGGUAACGUUUAUUGAGAACCUACGAAGUGCCAAACAGAGUUUUAAAUGCUUUAUAUGGUGAGAAACUUGCCCUAGGCAACUUAGCUAGUGAGUGAAACAAAACCCAUUGCUGUUGUACAGACCCUGUAGAACAGUGUAGAACAGAGUAGCAUUUCCAGGGAGCGGCUGGUGGAUUUGAACUACUGACCUUUUGGUUAGCAGCCAUGCUCUUAAUCACACUGCCACCAGGGCUUCAGCUAGUGAGUAGUGGAGAUAGAAUUUAAGCCCAGACAGCCCAGCUGAGACCACCAUGCUAUAUGGGUGCUACCAGAGUAAUAACAGUUUUACUCUUGGUGGAGCACUCACAGCUUCAUGGAGUACGUUGACUUGGGUCACACAAUAUAGGCUUAGAGAUCUUCCAGGAUCCUUCCCAGUAUGGAGAGGGCCACGGUGUAUAUCUGUAAAUAUUUAUUUUUUCUAGUACCUAAGCAUAUUUUACACUUUUUUUGUUGUUGUGGGUGCAUCUCUUUGUAUAAUAAGGAAGUUGUUUCCAGCUUAUGCUUUAUAAAUCCCUCCCCCACCAUAAAUCUUUUAAAGGAAAGUUAUUACCUUUAUAGCUAUGUCAUUUCUUUUAUAUUAGUUACAAUCUUUUAGAAGGUGGGAGAGUAGGGGCAAAGAUGAGAACAUCAAAGUUUAGCCUCCAAGAAUCUGUAAAUCCUCUAAGUCAAGUAAUUUGGGGGCUGGGUUAGUCAAGGUUGAUUUGAGUUGGUGCCCUUAAGGUGAAAGGGUAGCAAUUUAUCUACUCCAUAAUGGGUUAAUCACCAGCUGUACAGUAUGUUUGUAUCUAUGAAACAAUUUACUGCGCGUUAAGAAUAGUAAUUUUAUUCUGUCUCAGGGGUUUCCCCAGUGUAUUUUACAAAUUUACUCUGCAAUGUGCAUUCCAGGUUAGAGAUAAAAGUGUAACUCUGGCUUUCAGUUGUGGGGGGGAGGGUUAAGGAGCAGCUCUGUUGGCCUGUAGGGGACACUGUUGUAUCAUUUAUCAGUGAUUUCCAGUGUAUUGUCCCAAGACAACAAAACAAAACAAAAAAUAGGUCAGUCACCUUACCAUACCUCAGUGAAAUUAUUUGAAUGGUUCCAUUGUGUUUAGAAGAUUUGAUAUUUCUUGAGUAUUGUUCAGACUGCUUAGUACCCAUGCACGAAAGAAAAGAGUUUAGUGUUUCUUUUCAAGAUGGUAGUGGUUGACAUGACAUGUCUAAUUCACCAGCUUAUAACUUUCUUUCCAUAGUCUCCCCUGGACAGGGUGUUCAGGAGGGUUAUUUUUAAGCUUAAUCAACCAUCUUAAUUUUUUGCUAAGAUAUGCACAUGUUAAAUUGAAAUGCAUCAGUUCUGCUGUAUUCUAAAUACCAGAUCUUUGAAGGGCAUUUUGGGAGUUUGCGUUCUUUUCUCUUUAUUUUCUUCCCUCGAAAAGAUGCUUUUUCAUGAGAAAAUGAAGUCACGUCUACAAGGAAGGCUUAUGGAGGGAUUGGCCUGUACUACAGGAAGCACGUUGCCAGAUGCUCUGCCAUGGCCCUUGGUUCAGCAUGCCUCUCUUUUCAGACCGUUGACAGCCUUUGUAUCCGUCCAGGUGCUCCAUGGCCUUGCCAGAAAAACCUCCACCUCUUUGCCCAGCGCUGGCCUCUUCCCUACUAGAAUAUGGGCCCUGGAAGGCAAUUGUAAUUAACCCUUGGAAAGCAGAGGUUUUGCUAAGGCAGCGUGCACAGUAAUGAUAUUGUUAGCUCGCUUCAUUUCCAGUUUCACCAUCAAUUAUGCCAUGUGUUUCAUCCAGUUGGUGCUACCCUCCCAGUGUUAAUUAUAACCUACAAGACUGUUACAGUUAAUUUUAUGGCAAGCAUAUUGUCUCUUCAAGGCUCCAGAACAGCUCAUAAAUUAUCUUGAAGGUAAAAUGUAACUUGGGGAACUAGUUAUGAAAAUUCCAUCCAUCUCGCUUAGGAGCUGCAGCUGCUACUGUCAGCUGCCUUGCUGCUGCAUGGUGAAGGAGUUAUGGUGGGUCAGGUUGAAGAGGGUAGACCCGGGCUGUCACUGAGGAGAAAGGCUGGCCUGGCCCUGUCAGACAGGUACCUUCUGCCGAUCCCUGGUGGCUUCACUUUGCAGGCAGGAAGAGGCAGGCGGCGCAGGUGGAUGGAUGGUCCCCGAGCUGUCCGUAUUCAUUACUUUACAGAAACUUGUUGUAGGUAGGCAGUCCAGAGACCUUUUCUCUACUCUGUUGUCAUGAUGUUAGGCAUCAUCUGCAAAGUGUGAGAGAGAGAACUCUAUAACUAACUCUGGGCUUGGUCCAGGGGAGUUGGAAGGCAGAGGGGUGGAAGUUAUUAGUGGCAGUACUUGCCAGCAGCCCCCUUGCUCAUCUCCCACCUGGGGAUUUCUAUCUUGCAGAAGUCUUUGGCUUGAAUGAGCAUUUUAUCUGUGGUGACUAUUUUUCAUAUACUCUGAAAAAGUGAGAUAUCACUGUGAACAAAUGUACUCUAAAAUUGUCUACUAAAUAAAUUAGCAGGCCCUCUUAUUGGGAAAAUAAACACACUCCUUUUCUGCUUCCUCACACCGAGUCUAAGCUUUACAUUUCAGCCCUCAGGGCUUUAGCAUUAUUAUUUUUAAUGACUGAACACAAGUCUUUCAUUUAGCUUGUUUGUAUAGUUACUGUAAAUGAUCUUUCUGCUGUUGGGUCUUCAUUUGAAAUUCUGCAUGUUAUGCUAGCUUUAAAAGCUUUGUGAGGGCCUGGGAGAAUUGGGAGCUAGCAUCUUCUAGAGCACUGGAAACAGGAUGUGGCAGGAAAGUCAGAGAGAGUGUGUUGAGAAAGGACGCCUGCAUGUAUAAAUCCAAGUGCGAGCUUGAGUGAAGCAUACACAAACAGUGCCGGCCUGGGUGGCAGCUUGAGCACGACUGUAUUGUUGAGUAACCUAGCCCAUUCUCAGAGCUGGUGAUUUCUCCCUCUGUCUUUCUGGGCAUUUUUAUUGUAUUCACGUAUGUGUUAGCUUUUGUACCCAGAGUACCUAAGAUCACUACAGCUGGGCUAUGUAACUAGGGAACCAGAACUGGUUUGGAGGGCUUAGGAGGGCCCGUGGAAUUGGUAAAAUCACGUCGAAAGAGGCACUGGGCUUUCUUAAGUGUUCUGGGCACUUGAUAACAACAACAAAACCCAUUGUCCUCGAGUUGAUUCCGGCUCAUCGCGACCCUAUAGGACAGAGUAGAACUGCCCCAUAGAGUUUCCAAGGAGUACCUGGUGGAUUCGAACUGCCGACCUGUUGGUUAGCAGCCUUUUGGUGAGAGCUCUUAACCACUAUGCUACCAGGGUUUCCAGUAGGGGCAUAAUAUUUGGAUAUUUGUGAAUUUUUGAGGGAACUCUGGUGACACAGUGGUUAAGAACUCAGACUGCUUGCCAAAAGGCUGGCAGUUCAAAUCCGCCACGCGCUCCUUGGAAACUCUAUGGGGUAGUUCUCCUCUGUUCUGUAGGGUCGCAGUGAGUCAGAAUCGAUUCUAGUGAAUUCAGAUUAGGGGUUGCAAACUCAAAUACUUACAGGGCCUGGCAGAUAACGGAGAUGAAUGAAGCCAUUGAGGAGGGGAGUUCACACCCUGUGUGAAGAGGGCAGGUGCUUGCAGCUGGAUCCCUGUUACUAGGUCUUCCAUUUUUCAAGACAAGUAGAAAAUUCAGAUCACAUGUGUGCACACUUGUGUGUGUGUGUGUGUGUUUGUUUAUGGAGGCUCCCCACUAUUUAAACGUUAGCAACUAAUUCUGUUGUUUGUAACUGUUAUUCAAGCUAAUUGAAACAUGUCUGUAGACAAGAGGCUGUGGAUAGGAUUCAGAUAUAAAAUGUUAAGUCUUGACUGAUUUGAAUCAGAAAUCUCCUCAGUCUUCUCAAGGACAGAGGCAGUGACCCUGCAGUCUUGGUAUGGUCUUCUGUCACCUUGUGACAUUGUUCUAUUCUAUAUGGGUUCUCGCUUGGCAAAAACAUUUGUGUGCAUUUUUUUGCUUAAACUUGGCAGUUUCUUUCCUUUUGCAGAGAAAGUAUAUGAGUUCUCAAAAGGGAGCGAGAUGUAAAUGGUGCUCAUUGUCACCAUAAAAAGGGAGUCCACAGAAUUAUCGGCAGUCUUGAAUCUGAUGAAGAGUUUGAUUCUCAGAAAAGAAGAGCAGGACUUUGUUCUUGCAAAAUCCUGUUUUUCCUGUUACACCCUAAAGUUUCUGCCUUACCCCUCAGCUCCUCCAUGGAGGAAGCCAACUGUCAUUUCAGGGCCUAAGCAAAGCUAGCACAAAGACACCGUUUGGUGAGUAUAAUCUUGAGUCUCACUGUUCCACAGAGAUGUCGUUUGGGAAGUUGUUAAAUUCAUGUGGGUUUGAUCGUCUGGAGUAGAGGAAAAUAUAAAAACUGGUUUUGUGUUGUUUUUUUCUUUAAUAAAAAGAAAAGGGUAAGCCUAAACCUUGGCUGCCGCUAAAGUCAGCUGUUACACAUGUGUGGUUAAAUUUCAUUGUAAAUAUUUCAUAAGGGUUAUUAGAAUGGAGCCACGUUGACAUCACAGCCCCAACUGCACCAAAGGGACCGUUUCAGUAAAUAAGCCAGCAUUGGCAGAGUAACAUGAAUUUCCAUGGUAAAGUUAACAUAAGGUCAGAAAACCCUCUGGAAGAAAUGUCUGUAUCAAUGUUUAUAAUCUCUACAUUUAUGGAUUUGCAGUUUGUGCAAAAAACUCCCAAAGAGACCGUAUCUUGGUUAAAUAAGACUAGCUUGUGAAAUAGUCUGUACACUGUAUAUCCAAACCCAUCCUAACCCAAUGUCUUGGCAGCCUUUUGGAUAAAUAAUGUCUUUUCCAAAAUGAGUGUAUUUGAAAAAGGAAGAGGAAAAUUAAGUGGCAAACGGUGUCUCUGGGUUGCCAUAAACUGACAAAACCCUAGAAACAGAAAGUCAAGACUGACAGUUCAUUUAUUUGUUGAGCAAAUUACAGAGCUGCACAUUUAUUUAUUGAUGCAUUGAAGACUGCAGCGAAGAGCGAAACAUUUACCCAACUACUUUAUGCUUCUGUUUUUUUUUUUUUCUUUUUUUAGCAAAAGUUUAUUUAAUUAAGCUUGUGUGCGUGUCACAGAAAAUAUGAAUGUUUAGAGGGUAGGGAAAAAAAAUGAAAGGAUAUUCACAUUUUGUAAAAAACUUAAUCCGCACUCACAGAUGGUCCUGUUCAGGUGCUAUUUUAAUUAUGAGGUAAAGAACAGCCCCACACAGUAGGAAGUCGUCUUAUUAAAUGGAGUGGAGCUUUUUGUCUUCAAGUCAAAAAGCCUUGUUAUUGAGAAAUUUAAAUACUUGGCAUUAUAGGGGAGAGUCUCAAAAUGACCAAGACUCUUGGAGAAAGCAAAAUGCUGGGCUCCUCUAAAGAGCGAAUGAGUACAGUAGAAAUGUUUUACAGGCUCAUAGCUUUGGACUUCCUUAAUAAUGGCAGUCUUAGCAAUGACUUUUCCAGUGAUCAAUGUCUGCCAUGUAUACGUUCGUGCAUGUGGGGGGAAAAUGAACAGAACAAAUUGCAAAUACAUUUUGAAAAUUUUAAUCCCAAACGGAAACAUUUCUUCAUGGUUCUUAAGCUCAGAGGGUUGCUUUGCCCUUCAAGUGAUAGAGUGCCCGCAGAACUAAUGAUAAUUCAAGUGCUGCUGUAACUUACAGCUUGCAUUAAUAACACACAAAUAGAACAGUCUUCUUAUUCAAUUUUAGUAAUACAUUAUAAUAAUGUUUUACUGUCUUUCCCUUAGUGGGGAAUUAUGAGGACCUCAUGUUAGGACCUCAGUGUCCUGACAUAGUUAAUUAUCCAUGGAUAAUGGUUUUCAGCCAUCGCCAUUCUGAGUGAUGCUGCUUUGUUGUUGCGGGCUUAUUAAGUGGUUGCAGACUCAGGUGCAGUGCACCUAUGCACUUGCCUACAGAAGCAAACAGCUGUGUUUUCUUUUCCAUAUUAUACAUCACAUAGAGCAUCUCAUUUAUUAUAGCUGAGCUAAUGACGCAAGUGCAAACCUUUAUGUCUGGCUCUACAUAGCGAUAAUAUAUUUGCUGUAGAGAUGUUAGCUUGUUUUUCUUAACUAGUUAAUCUCUUCUUGUACCAGAUGUAUCACAUGGAAAUAGGUUAGCACAAGGGUCAAACUGCAUUUAAUCCAGCCUGCAGAGAUUGGAUGAGACCUCCGAUUAUAGUAUUGUUUUUUUCAUUCUAAAGGGCCUCACUCUGCCUGCAGCCUACCCACCAGCACGGUGCUCAGAUUACUAGGAAUUUAGGCUAAUGAAAGGAAACUGUUUUCAGUCCUUUAGCAAUGAGACAGAAUUCAGACCUCAGUAUGUGCUAAGUGAAGUCAGCUUAGUGACAGUCAUCCAUGUUCAGGCCCUUGGCGAGGUUGUGUAUUGCCCACGUGGGUAAUUGUGGUGGUAGAUUUCUGCCGAAUCUAAAAUGGCUCCCAGUUCAUAUAUAGGUAACCAAAACCUACUGCCAUCAAGUCAGUUCCGACUCGUAGUGACCCCAUAGGGUUCCCAAGGCUAUAAAUCUCUAUGGAAGCGGACUGCCACAUCUUUCUCCCAUGGAGUGGCUGGCGAUUUCAAACCACUGAUCUUUCCGUUAGCAGCUGAUUGCUUUAACUACUGCGCCACCAGGGCUCCUUCAUGUGUAAGUAAACGCGUCGCCAUGGAGUUGAUUCUGACUCAUAGCGACCCUACAGGACAGAGUAGAACUGCCCCGUGGAAUUUCCAGGAAUGCCUGGUGGAUUCGAACUGCUGAAGUUUUGGUUAGCAGCCGUAGCACUGAGCCACUACACCACCAGCGUUUGCACGUCUACAGGUCAGCCCUCUGAAAUGUGCCAAGGCUUAGCUCAGAGGCUUCUCAAGCAUAAUACACUUACUGCUGGUGUCACAGCAGAGGAUUCUGUAAAGCACUGAUGAGUCUUUUUAUUUUAAAAGUUACGUAUACUUUAGUGUGUGCAUAAGGAAAACAUCAUCAGCAUUUCUGAAAUAAUAUUGUUGAGGGCAAGGCUACAGUCAGCCUUUAAUAUUAUUUUUAAGUUGAUUCAAAACCAAAUGCUAGAAAUAUAAUGUAGGUGGUUCAUGGAUAUGGCUAAAAUCAGGAUGGUGGCCCACGUCACCAAAAUUGAGGCAACACUGGCCUUAUAAACUGAAAGGGCCAGGAACACACAUCUCAAUAAUAAUCGUGCUGCUGAUUUUGAAGAUGAUGAUGAUCAUCAUAAUUAAUAAUAGCAGCUAACUUCUACUGAGUCAUCAUGCCAGUCGCUGUUCUAAGUUUCCAGUAUUUCCUUAUUUAAUCCUUACACCAACCCAAUGAAAGAAGUACUGCUUUUAUCUUCAUUUUAUGGUUAAGGUAACUGAGUCCCAGAAAGAUUAGGGAAUUUACUCAAGAUAACAUAGGUUAUAAGUAUCUAAACCAGGAUUUAAGCCCAGGCAGCAAGGUUCUGGUAUCUUCUUUUUAAUCACUGCAUUAUCUGCGUCUUGAUAGAUUCAGAAAUAUUACCCUCUGUCUGAAGAAGAGCAAUGGUGGAGAAACACGGAAACAUGGAACACUGCAUAAAAUAAUGUAGUGAUCAUCCUGUUUUGUGAAGUCUCUAACCUAGGCUGCUGAUUGGGCCCUGCCGUGACUGUAUUCUGAGCCCUUGGCUUCUUUAGAUAACAUCCUGGAUAUACACUUGAACAGAUGCCUUACAACUUGAAGUUCUUUAUUUGAAUUAAUGGGAAAAAAGGGGGAGGGGGAGCAGAGGGAGAGGGUUACUUUAUUUUUUCAGUGACUGCCAUAGCACUGUCUAUUAGGGAAUAAGUAACCCUUCUACUUCUAGAGGCAGUCGUGGUUCAGUGGUAGAAUUCUUGCCUUCCAUGUAGGAGAUGGGUUCAAUUCCCAGCCAGAGCACCUCAAGUGAAGCUACUGCUCGUCUGUCAGUGAAGGUUUGAAUGUUGUAAUGCUGAACAGAUUUCAUUGGAGCUUCCAGACUAGGAUAGACUAGGAAGAAAGGCCUGGUGAUCUCCUUCCAAAAAUCAGCCACUGAAAACCCUGUGGAUCACAACAAUCCGAUCCCCUUGUACAUGGGGUCACCAUGAGUCAGGGGCUAACUCAAUGGCAGCUAACAACAACAAAACAACACUCACUUCUUAAGAAAAUUUGAAGUAAACCUCACGACAACAACAGUCACUUAAGAAAAUUUGAAGUAAACCUCUAGCAAAUAGUGUGGUUAUAUUUUCAGGGAGAAAAGACAGAGAGCUAACCUAUGGAAAUUAAUCUUGACUCUUAACAAAUUUGCUGAAAUGAAUGGAAGAACACAACCCAUGGGACUGAAAUGUAGGGGGGAAUUAGAUCUCCUUGACCCUAUAGGGACGGAGUAGAGCUACCCCAUAGGGUUUCCAAGGAGCAACUGGUGGAUUCGAACCGCUGACCUUUUGGCUAGCAGCCAAGGUCUUAACCACUGUGCCACCAGGGCUCCAGAUCCCAGAACAAGAACCAAAUGCACACAUUUGAAAUUCUUCUGUGACUUGGUUUAUCUGGAUUUAAAGCCCCAAGAAAAUGCUCGAACAAGCGAAGAUUCUCAUACUGUCUUUCUUAUCUGAUGUUUUUCUGACGCAAAGUGCCUAGCUUUCUUAAGUAUUACUUAUGACAAGUUACGUUGCAUAAGGAAACUUGACUUGGGUGAGGUAUUAAAGUAUGGAGACAUGGGUAAUUUGGGCACUUAGAAAACCCUUCCAGUGAAGGCUUCCAGGCCAACCUCCCCAUGGGUCCCGGGUCAUCAUGAACAGUUACUUGAGAAUCAUGAGGUGCUCUAAGAGGGAAAUUGCAGAACGAGAGGGGUUGAUAGAAUUUAUACUUUUAUCAUUUCGAUUUGAAGCCAGGGGCUAAAACUCAUGUCUUGCACCACUGUAAUCUACAAGCAUUUAAUUUGCUAACAAGACUUAACUGAUCAGGAUCUGCAGCCUCCUCCAGUAUAAUCAAAACAAGAAGCAGUUGGCUCUGGAGAAUAAAGUGUGUCGAUCUUUUAUUGUCCAGCCCCACCAUUUUCUUUCUGGCAAGCCGAGAUGAAACAGAAAGCUGAUAUUUGGAGCCACUAGGAUUGCAGGCCUUGUAAUUUAGAAAUAUCCAUUUUAUCCCAUGUAAUUUCUUCCCUAAGAUUCCUCAGUCUAAAUCUGAUACAGGUAGGAGCCAAGACAAACAGUAACUGUUUAUAGUCACCCAGACCAGUUUGAAUUUCACUCUAAUGUAAAGCAAAGAGAGUUUUUGGCUUCAUUUCAGGUGUGUAACGGGGGUAGAAAAUGCAUUUAAAAUUUAGCAGCAAAUGUUACCAUAUGUUUCCAUAACAACUGCAAACUUUUAUGUCACAAAAGCAAUAAUAUAAACACAUAGGAAUCUUGGAAUAGUAAACUAUUAAUUUACCAAAUAUAAAAAAUCCAACAUAAAGGGGCUUUUAUAGCCACAGAAGCCAUGAGGGGGCCCAGCAUCCUGUGACUUUCUCCAUUAUGUGGCAUAAAAUGCUGCCAGUUGGUUUCAAUGAGCAAAUCUUUUAAAAUUAUGGGUACAGUGUCAGCUCUCCACAGUGCAUUUUUCUGAAACAAUGUGUGGUGGUGCCAGCUAUGGCUGAUUUCUUUUACCGUAUCGAACUAGUAAAAUGCCAUUUAGUAGCUGCCCCCAACGGGCAUUUGUAAAACAACUGCAUUUUUUUUUUUCUUCAGCCACAUCUUCCAACUUAAUAACAAAGGCCAGGUGCACCUGGAAGUGCAGUGCCCAGGAACUGGCUCUUGUGCUUGGCAAGGAAUGGAUGUCCAUAGAUUGUUGGCACACGUGAAGAAAGGUCACGGUUUUCUCUCCUACUCAUUUUGAAAUGUAAAAGAGACAAAAGUAGAUACGGGGAAAAUGGACCUACUUAACCAUGUUUUAAGAAUGAGGAGUUAGCAAGUAGAAUUGUUAAAAUCACCACCAAGGGAGAUUCAGUGUUCUCUCUGAUUUCUCUGGUGGGACAAAAAAAAAAAAUCUUAUUUUAAAGGACAUAUUAGAAACAUGCCACCCUGUGGACGGCUCUUUCAUUUGAAAGGAGAUGUGAUGUUUUCACCUAAACCUACCUACCUCAGAGGGCUCUGAAUCAUUUUCCUAGAACAGAAACACCAGUAUUACCUUGUUGGUUCAGGUAAGGUGAUAUACCUUGACCAGCCCUGAAACUUGGGUUAAUGAGAUAACUAUCACUGAUAAAGGUUAAAGUCAAAGGAAAAAAAAAAAAAGUGAAAGGGAAGUAAAGCUCAAACCAAACCCAUUGCCGUUGAGUCGAUUCUGACUCAUAGCAACCCUACAGGACAGAGUAGAGCUGCCCCACAGGGUUUCCAAGGAGUGACUGGUGGAUUCCUACUGCUGACUUUUUGGUUAGCAGCUGAAUGCUUAGGUCAGGGAAAUAGGCUGACCUAAAAAAUAAGCGCAGAGUUCUAGAGAGGGUGUGCAUUCACGAAGGGCCUGCUUUGGAUCAGGGUAGACAUGGGUAAAAUCCUCAACAUUUAUGAGCUUGGAGUAAAAUGAAGUGUUUUAGCUGGGUUUGGUUCUUACCUUGGCCUCUCUUCAGCCUUCAUUAUAGAGCCAGGAAAGAUGGCACCAGGGGUGUCAGUUAAGCAAGCUUCACAGUGUUAGGGGACCCAGGGAGAAGAUGGAGGUUAAUGUUUAAAGUGCUUGGUAAAGUAGAAAACCAAAAACAAAAAACUAAACCCGUUGCCGUCGAGUCAAUUCUGACUCAUAGCGACCCUAUAAGACAGAGUAGAACUGCCCCAUAGAGUUUCCAAGGAGCACCUGGCGGACUUGAACUGCCGGCCUUUUGGUUAGCAGCUGUAGCACUUAGCCACUACGCCACCAGGGUUUCCUGGUAAAUUAGAGGGUCAGCUAAGAACAGGAAGACCCUCAAUGAGAUGGAUUGACACAGUGGCUGCAACAACAGGCUCAAACAUAGCAACAAUUGUGAGGAUGGCCCAGGACCACGCAGUGUUUAGUUGUGUUAUACAUAAGGUCGCUAUGAGUCAGAACCAACUACACGGCACCUAACAACAACAAUAUUUAAGGAGCCCAAGUAGGGCUGUGUUUUAUUGACUAUGCAAAGGUGUUUGGCUGUGUGGAUCAUAACAAAUUAUGGACAACUUUAUGAAUAAUGGGAAUUCCAGAACACUUAAUUGUCCUCAUGAGGAACCUGUACGUAGAUCAAGAGGCAGUUGUUUGGACAGAACAAGGGUAUACUGAGCGGUUUAAAGUCAGGAAGGGUGUGCAUCAGGGUUGUAUCCUUUCAUUAUACCUAUUCAAUCUGUAUGUUGAGCAAUUAAUCUGAGAAGCUAGACUAUAUGAAGAAGAACGGGGCAUCGGGAUUGGUGGAAGACUCAUUAACCAUCUGCAAUAUGCAGAUGACACAGCUUGGCUUGCUGAAAGUGAAGACUUGAAGCACUUACUAAUGAAGAUCAAAGACCACAUCCUUCAGUAUGGAUUACACCUCAACAUAAAGAAAACAGAAAUCCUCACAACUGGACCAAUAAGCAACAUCAUGAUAAAUGGACAAAAGAUUGAAGUUGUCAAGGAUUUCAUUUUACUUGGAUCCACAGUCAGCACCCACGGAAGCAGCAGUCAAGAAAUCAAGAGACACAUUGCAUUGGGUAAAUCUGCUGCAAAGGACCUCUUUAAAGUGUUGCAAAGAUGUCACCUUGAAGACUAAGGUGCACCUGACCCAAGCUAUGGUCUUUUCAGUGGCAUCAUGUGCAUGUGAAAGUUGGACAAUGAAUAAGGAAGAUUGAAGAAUUGAUGCCUUCGAAUUGUGGUGUUGGCGAAGAAUAUUGAAUAUACCACGGACUGCCAAAAAAACGAACAAAUCUGUCUUGGGAGAAGUACAACCAGAAUGCUCCUUAGGAGCAAGGAUGGCAAGACUGUAUCUUACAUACUUUGGACAUGUUGUCAGGAGGGAUCAGCCCCUGGAGAAGGACUUCAUGCUUGGCAGAGUACAGGGUCACUGGAAAAGAGGAAGACCCUCAACGGAUGGAUUGACACAGUGGCUGGAACUAUGGGCUCAGGCAUAACAAUGAUUGUGAGCAUGGCACACAGCUGUUCUGUCUCUACAUCUGCAGUGUUCCAUUCUGUGGUACAUAGGGUCGCUUUGAGUCGGAACUCACUCGAUGGCACCUGAUGACAACAAAACAAUAAGUAGAGCUGAGAAAACUUGAUCAGCAGAAACGAGAGUGAGAGCCUGAUUUAGGGUAACAGAGAUAGGCUUGGUGAAAGAAGAAAUGCUUUGUGAAGACCUGAUUCAUUCUGAGUCUUUGGUAGGCCUCUUUUUUAGGGCAAAAAAACUUCACCCAAGUUGUUACUUCUCUAAUAAAAAAAAUAGGACUAGUCAAAAAGUGUCUCAUGUUUCUGUUAGUAUUUGACUAACUCUUGGUCGUUUUGUGCUAUGAAGUAUCUCUUUAAACAUUAGUGCAGUUGGAAACAGAGUCAGGCAUUAGUCAUUUGGGCCCUUAGUUUUUGUCUAACUAUCCAAUAACAGUGAAGAUGGAUAGUUAAGAAGAAAGCAAAGUGGUAUUCACUCAGCAAAUAUUUAUUGAACACUUAGUGUGCCUGGCACUGGGGAUACAAAGGUGAACAAAAAACAUGGCCUAUUUCUUGUGCUCUGGGAGCUUAUAUAUAGCCUAGUGUCGAGAGACAGAAUAAGAACAAAUAAAGAAAUAAGAUAAUGUCAGAUAAUGGUUAAGUUGUUGUUGCUAGGUGCUGUUGAGUUGAUUUCAACUCAUAGUGACCCUAUGUGACAGAGUAAAACUGCCCCAUAGAGUUUUCUAGGUGGUCAUCUUUACAAGAGGAGAUCACCGGGUCUUUCUCCCGUAGAGCUUCUGGGUGGAUUCAAACUGCCACCCUUGUGGUUAGCAGCCGAACACUUAACCUUUGCAACACCUGGAUUCCUGUAAUGAGUAAGCACAACUGAGAAAAGCAAACAGGUUGGUAACUGGGGAGGGGCAUGGAGUUUUUUAGGCAAGCCACUGAAGGGAUUUCCAGGGAAGCGCCAUUUGAGCUAAAGGGAGAAGAGGAAAAGGAACCAGCCAUUGCUUAGUGACCGAGGGGAAAGUGGAGUGAGAUGGAGUAAGAGGGGCAAGGGGGGAUAGAUCUUAGGGGUGGGGUCAAGAUUUUAUUCAUCAUGGUAUUUGCUGACUCAGUAUAAAAACUGAAUCCAAAUUCUGUUUACAGAAUAUUUCAAAAGUUUCUACUGUGUGACCAGUGCUGUGUUAGGUGCUGUGGAAAAUACAGUCCUUUUAAUCAAGGUUAUAUUUUUGUUAUUGGAAAAUGGACAUAAUUGAUGGUGAGAUAAAUGCCAUUAGUAAUUUAUAAGCUUUUUAAAAUAAGUAGUCAUUAUGAGUUGGGAAAGUUUUUAUGGAAGGAAAGAGGGAAUCAAAAUGGAGCUCAGAAUAGAUUGAGCAUCUGCUAUAUGUUGACGCUUCAUAUGUAAUUUCCUGUUUAUUCCUUACAGUAAUUAUAGGAAGGUUAGUGUGAGUGACCCCAUUUUACAGAUGAUAAAACUGAAUUCACAGGAAGUUAAGUAAAGAUAGUUAUUGGCAACACAUCAGCUCAGACCCAUCUAACAUCUUGGAUGGGAAUCAAAACGUAAAAAUCACUGACCACUAGCUAAAAAUGUUUUAGGUUUUUGAAUAUUCCUAUGAUAUAUUCUAUAUCUUGCUGUCAAUGUGCUAAAGGGUCAAAACAAAAGAGAUCUGUGUGUUUGUUUUUAGGGAUAUGGGGAAGAAAGGGGACUCUAGGGAGAUAGUGGUCUAUUAUGAAACGAGUCUUUGGGAGAAAAUUCCCUCGAAUGGAGUAGGUAUUGGCAGCUCCUGUAUGGCAGGAAAGGCAGACUAGUCUCUGGAGUCAGCUGCAAGGUAGAAAGGAGAAUUCAUCAAAGAAGUAGGUGCCAGGUGUGACCUUGCACAUUUGAGGAGGGUAUCUGGGUGACAAGACCCUGAAGACACUGGAAUGCAUUUCACAUCAUUACACGUGUGUUGCAUGGAGACAAGCAGAAACGCCAUAAGAGGAGGCAUCAUACAGCCAGGAAAUACCAACAUUGUCCUCUUUGGUCUUUUGGUCCCUAAAUAACUCUUUUCAAAAUUUGUUUCUGUAAUAUUUAGAUAUUUGCUUCAGAGAUCCUUUCCUUAGAUUGUCUUUUGAAGGAUGGCCCUGGGUGUAGAUAGGUCAACUUUAAGGUGACCUGUUUUUCCCCCAAGGCCAUAUCCCAGUAAAAUUUGUCUUAUCCUCUGGCUUCAGCUGGGCUGGCACUUCUGACAGACGUGUAAACAGAUGUGAGCAUUGUCGCUAAUGACAGGUGAUUAUACGAGGCAUGGGGGCCCAGGCAAUUAAACCAUGGUUUGACAGGAGCAUUUGGCAAUGUAGUAUUUCAGCGUUAGAAAUAUCUUUGCAAUGCUGUUUCCCCACUUGGCUUUGUGAGUAUCAUUCAUUUUUGCUCUUCAGAGUGCAGAGCUUUGAGACCUGGAACUGUCCUGUCUGAAUUCCCUCUUGGUUCAUCGUGGGGCCCCAGAAAAUGGUUACCACUGGACUGUGUGGGGAUCUGGGCGAUAUCUGAGGCUCCAGCUAAGGACUGCUCGAGAGUACUAGUGGGAAUAGUUUCUGGCCCAAAUGCUGGUCCUGCAUUUGACAUAUGAUUUGUCCAAUUUGAUGGUGAUAAUGCAUUUGGAGAAAAACUUGAAUUAUUGUUAUAUCACUGUAAUUUCAGCCUCACUCCCUGUUACCUGGCUUUACCUGAUGUUGCGCCCAUGGUGCAAAACAUAGCUUAUUCUCAGUUUUGUUGUCACCUAAAUUUCUGCUACCAAAAGUUAGGAAAAAACUAAAAUCAAUAGUAACCUGCUGUUACGGGGAAUGACAGCAGAAAUGGUCACCAAAACAUGGAAUUUGUUUGUUUAUUCAUUAGAUUUCAAUGUAGUAGUAAAAAAAACAAACAGUGCCUUCCUUAUGCUAUUAGGGUUUGUUAAUUUAUUUAUUAGAUUUGAAUGCUAUUUUAGGAAAUAGGUAGUGCAUGCAUCCCCUUUGCUGUCAGGGUGCUUAGGGUUGCCUGUUUAGACAUAGAGCCCACCUCCUGCUAACUGCUGGUGGUUGGUAACUUAGGAUUCUGUGUUUGGGAGAAUCUUGUCUUUAAUUGGAUAAAUAGUAGACACUUGUGGACUUACUAUUUAUAGUUUUGACUGGUGACGAGCUAUGUGAGUCUUAUUUAUAUUAAGUGUAGCAGCGUGUUUUCUUUCAUCUAAUAAAAUAACAUGUACCAUUUAUUGACUGUGAUGGUCCUGGCACUUGUCUAAAACGGGAACAGUUCCCAAGUAGGUUAGUUUGUUCCUUGGCUGCAGGAUCAAGCUUUCCAUGCCCGUGGUAUUGUAUACACCUGGCGAUUGUUCAGAGAGGCCCAGCCACUGCCUAGAUGGCCCUUUCUUUUCCUCCCAGAUUUGGAUUUUGUCCGUGAGGAGUAUAAAGGGAGACGGACUUGUGAAUACAGUUUGGUUUAUGCUAGCUGAGUGCCGAGCAACUGUGACUCUUUGUAGGAUCACCCCCUCCAGCGUGGAAACUAGCUGCCUACUUUUACGUUCUGCUUUUUUUUCAGGCUCAGUCAGUUUCUGAGCAGAGGCUUGUUUUAAAGCUUUGUCAGAUAGGUUAAAAGGUGUCCCACCCCCAGUGUAUAAAAGAGAGAGAGAUUAAACUCACUAAGCCUGCCGUGUUCCCUGUAAAAUAUCAAGUCAAGAUGAUUUUUAAAUCCAAAGUUACUAGGCUUUCGUGAAAGCAGCCUCGGAACCGGGGUGGAGAGAUCUGUGCAAAAGACGUUUGGCGCACUGGCUGGUGACCUCGGGAAAGCUGCCAAAGCCAAAGUGAAUUGUUUUGUUUCUGUCUUCCAGCCAACAGAGCCCUAACCCCAAAUAAAUACGCAGCCUGGCCCCUAGGCCUCCAGGUUCGCUGCAAGGUCCAGGCAGCAAACCUUGUUCAAAGUGCUUGCUUAAUGCAAAAAAAAAAAAAGCAAAGCCAGGGCUAAACUCCAAGGGGUUAGAGAUGAGUUGAGAGAUCUUUGCCCUCAGGAGGUUUGAAAUCAGUUGAGUAACAAUAAUAAUAAGUCUUAUUGAACACUUACUAAAGUGUCCAAGUGUUUUACGUGCAUUAUUAACUCUAAAUAAUUUUAUUGGUUAACCCUUAGUCUGAAGGCGCAGCGGUUAAGUGCUCAGCUGCUAACUAAAAGAUUUGAACACACUCAGCAGCUCUGCAGGAGAAAAGACCUGGCGAUCUGCUUCCAUAAAGAUUACAGCCUAGAAAACCCUAUGGGGCGGUUGUGCUCUGUCACAUGGGGUCGCUGUGAGUCAGAAUUGACUUGAUGGCUCUCAGCAACAACAGUCGCCCCUAUUGAUUGGUUCUCUGUGCCUGUCACUUUUUAAGUGCUUUAUGUAAGUUAAAUCAGCUAUUACAGUGGUAGGUAUUUUAUUAUCCUUAUUUUUAAGUAGAGAAAACGGAGGCAAAAAGAAGUCAAGUAACAUUCCCAAGGGCACAGGGCUAGGGAGCAAAGGACCUGGGAUUCCAAAGCAGGAAAUCUGGUUCCCAAGCCUAUGCCAGUGGUUCUCAAACUUUAGCAGCAGAAUCUCUUGGAGGGCUUGUUAAUACAGAUUGCUGGCCUUUCCUGUGUGGGGCCUGAGCGUUUAUAUCACAAAUUCCCAAGUGAUGCUGAUGCUCACGGCUCUGUGCUAAGUGGAAGGGAGCAGUGGAAAACAGCUACUAGAAAGCAAGGAAAAGUGAAAUAUCAUAUUACUAAUAUAAACAGAGUGCUUUGAGAACACCAAUAGCAGUAAUAUCACUUAUCGUCGUUAAAGCUGGCAUUUAUUGUUUGCUUUGUUCAGAACACUGUUUUGUAACCAUGUAACCAUCACCUGUAUAACGGUAACCGUGUAACCAUUAAAACUGUUACUACGGGCUAUCUCAUUUAAUCCUCACAACCACCAUGUGACGUAGACACUGUUAUUAACCCCGUUUUACUGUUGAGGAAACUGAGACACAAACAAUUUAGAAACUUGCCUAAGUGACAGAACAAGGAUUGACUCUCCCCAUCCAAUUCGAGUCUGAGCUCUUAGCCACUAAGAGAACAGUGAACAGCUGAGGGGCACCUGAGUCCGGUCUGUGGAGGAUUGCCCUGAAGGAGGGAAAGCAUCCGAGUGGAAUGUAUGUGUGCAAAGGCCCAGGGGCAUGAAAGUGUAAGAUGUGAUAGGGAAUGAAUGACAUGGAGACUUCUUUGUAAACCGCGUGGAAAGAAAUGACAGAAGGUUAAGUUGGAAGAGUAGGCUGAAGACCUUGAAAAUGAGGAGCCAUUGAUGAUGCUCAAGACUGGAUUUUGAGCUUUUGAGCACCUGGUUGGGACAGCUUCUUCCCCUUCCGAGCAGAGUGACAGAGUCAUUCUUUAUCAGGGAGUAUGUUCAGAGAAGAGUUUGAUUUCCACAGUCAGCAGCCCUGCGACAGUGACCCAUGCCCUGCCAGGGGAAAAGUGAGUUUCCUACUCAAGCCACAUGUCUGUGAGUGUGGCCGUGUCUAAACCCAUGGACCGCACUUAGAAAAUGCCUGCCAUGACACUGGUGCAAUGGUACCGUCAGAGCUGCCAACUUGUUUUAUUUCUGAUAUCGCCUGGCAGCCCCUGAAGGAGGGAAAGUAUGAAUUUUUAUCUCCCAUUUACUAGACUUUCAUUAUAUCCUGCUUACAGACACAGUGUCAGCACAUGAAAUGUUAAACAUCACUGGUCUGGAAGAGCCUCCCAUUGUCUUACCUCUGGUGCUGGGGGGAUCUUGCUAGCCUUGCUGUAGCGGUUCUGUCAGUGUAAUAUGACAUGAAGCGUUUCCCAGUAAUGACAGACGUUGAAUAUGAGUGACGGGAACUCUGACCACAAGGAAUGGGUUCAAUUACCAGAGGUGGGGGUUACCUGCGAUAAAACCAAAAGGCCCAAUUGUGCUUGGUUCUGACCCCUUGACUCCCAGAUCCAGAGCAGCAAAGACAAAUGGCUGAUUAGCCAGCCCCUAACCUUCUUUUUCAGUGAUAAACUUGUUUGGAUUUCCCUGUCUGAAAAAAAAAAAAUCUAUGGGUGGUGUGUUUCUAAAGGAAAUAUGAUCAGAAAACAGUGGGACUGGUGCAAGCCAUUUUUGUCUCUUGCAAGCACAAAUCCAAAAACUGCCAUGCUAUCUUGGAGUGGAUCUAGGACACAGUGUCCAGAAAUCAAUACAAGAUAAAUGAUUGCUCUCUUAACCCCACGUUUCUUCUGCUGCAGCGGCUACAUUGCUCCGGUUCACCUGUAGCCAACCUGACGCCAGUGUAAAUGCGAGCUCCUGCCAUCAGAAGCUCUCCUUCUCCCUCCCCCACCUCCUGCAGGCUGCUGGGCUCAGCACUGACUGCAGCUUUCCACUUGUUUAUAGUCCACUGCUUAUAGCCCCCAGAUAGAGUUAUAGUGAGCAGCCAAUUAAACUGUCGCAGGCUGCCCUCACUUGACUAGCUCUGCAGAGUCAUUUAGCCCACAGACAUUCCUGACUAUUAAAGCUAGUAGCAGCAUGUCUCCAGUGCUGGAGAUAAAAUGAAUGAAAUUUGUUAUUCUGGGCUGACAUUUGAUCCUAGCUGUUGAACUAAUGCUGUUGCACCUGAAGUUUUUCUUUAUGGUAAUUGCUCUCCGUGUUAUUAUUUCAUACACUAAAUUGGAGAAAAUUGCAACAGGUAUUAAGUUCUUUGAGCUGAUUCACGGGAGUUCUAUUGUGCAUUCUUCCAAGGUAGAUCCUGACUUUUGCUGAAGGCUGGGGAAGCCGGAAUUUGCCAGGCAAAUGCACCGGCUUGUGUUUCAUUAUUAUCAGAGACAUUUCAGUUUGAGGUCUGGUCAGGCAUUUAUCAGCUUUACCUGAAAUCUGUUUUAAAGUCCACUUUGCUACUAAUUCAGUCAGCAUAUGUCGGAACCUGCCCUAGGGAAUCCAGUUAGGAUAACCAACAUCGACAGGGAUUUGCACUAGUCUGGUCGAUCCAUGACACGUACAUGGUGGUUAUCUGUAAGUCUCUUGCAUUGUAUAUGCUUAGGUAAAUGGGCAAUGUGAAAUAAGGCUUCCCACUGGGCACCACUGGAAUCCAUAGCUCUAGCUGGGAGUCCAUGAGCACCUCAGGUAGUACCACCACAAUGACAACUCAUUGGAACAAGUAUGGUGCCUGUACGAUGCUUUAUAAUGUCUCUCAGUCUCCCAAAGCAUCUGACACUGCUCCUCACGGCCUAUGAAUGUUCACUGUCUCCUAAUUUCCAUUAACCUCGUUCAUCAGGUCUCUUCCUAGAAUUAGAGGAAAUCGUUUGUAGACGUUCCAUAAUAUCAGCAUGUAGACCAUGUUUAGAGUUCAGGGCAGUCUGAAAGGCCUCCCUUUCUGCAGGAGAUAGCAUGGGAAACCAUUCCUUCUGUACCAUUUACUCGUAUGUGUAGUGUGUGGUCAGAGCUGGCGGUAAAAGCUCUAGGUAGGACCCAGAGGAGACUUCAGAUCCUUUUCCUUUGGGCUGAUCAGUCUGGUUAGUGGUACAAGUAUUAUGUUUGCCCUUAAGUUAAUGUUUGUUACUGAUUUUUUGGGGGGGGGGGCGGUGACCCUAAGUGUCAUUAAAAAAAACCCAACCCAGUGGCGUCAAGUCAAUUCCGACUCAUAGCUACCCUAUAGGACAGAGUAGAACUAUCCCAUAGAGUUUCCAAGGAGUGCCUGGAGGAUUCGAACUGCCGACCCUUUGGUUAGCAGCCGUAGCACUUAACCGCUACACCACCAGGGUUUCCUAAGUAUCAUAAUGUUACUUUAAUUUUUCUUCUUUUAAGCAAGUGAACCCAGUUCUACCUGAAGGCUGCAUCUGACAGACAUAGCAGGGCCCCCGUCAACUACAGGGAUAUAUUUACAUUUUUAGAAUCUCAAGACUGUAUCACUCUCCCCACUGGGAAGCUGUAGGCAGGCUCCACUCCAUAGUUUGAUUAGAGGGAAGCAUGAGAAGCUCAGACAUCAGAGUGAUGCAAGAUAGACAUAGGGCUGUGCGCCCUGUGCCUCUCUUAUGUCUGCAGCAUCAUUCUACUCCGAUACCUAUGGGCAGUCUGCAUACUAGUUCAUGGGUCCCCUGAUAAAAGGAUACCUGGGAAGCUCAUAAGAAGUCACCAGAAAGCCCUGUUCAGGUGCUUCCUCACCUGGCAUGGACGUCUGCCCUUUGAAUGCUGCUGGCUCGUGUGGGACUGUCUACAGUGGAGGAUUCGUAUUGCUGGCUGUAGUCCAUACAGUCUGUGGGCCCUUAAACAUACUGCAUGUGUGGUAGUCUGCAUUAUUUCACAUAUGCUAAGCUUUGUUUAAAGAAGCUGUUUUGAAAGCUCAAAUGUGCUGAAAUUGGGUUACUGUAAUUUACAGGGAAGCUCAACAUGAGAAAAAUGUAUUUUCCUUCCCCACUGAGAAAAUGAAAGAAGUAUUAGUCUUAUAGAAUAUGUUUUCAGAAUACUAGGAAAUUUAUUUUCUCACCCUCAAGUCCAAUAGGAAAAACUGACAUUUUGAUCAAAAGCAAACUAAGGAUAAUCUUUUGUUGUGUUUUCUUAAAUUAUCAAAUGUACAACAGUUUUAGGUAUUUUAAAACAAUAUAUUCAUGGGCAAACAUUGACUUGCUCCCAGGGGUCUUUCAGAUGUGCCUUCAUUCUUGUCUUUGGUAUUUGAGGAUUCUAAAUGAUACCAUAAUCACACAACUAAAAGUUGCUCUGUAAUAAAUGUCUGUGAAAUGCAGACCCAGAACUGAUUCUUCUCCAUUCUUCUCUCUCUGUAUCUCUCCAGGAUGAGCAGUAAGCUCCUGCCUUCAGAUGUUACCUGGAUUUAGAGUUCUGUGUGUUUUGAGUUACUGUUAGGGCACAGAUUAUUUGACCUCGGUUUUGUGUGGAUUGCAUGGACAUGGUGGAGACUUAGCAAAUAAGCCUGUAUGAGAGGUUGUUUGGGAGCUGGUUAUUACAACAGUGUAUUUAAAAUAAGAGAAUUUUGAAGAUUCCUGAAAUGGAGACAGCAGAGAAGAUGACAGAAUUUUAGGCUCUCAAGAGGCAAAAUUAAAGGAAAACACAGACCCUUCUCUUGGUACCAAGAAUUCAAACCCGUAUAGAGGGAUCACUAAGGUAAAAAGACCCUUAAGAUGGCAAAUGUUCUGAAGAAGCAAGAGUAGUACGUAAAGGGGCCAGGUAGGAAAUAUUUUAGGCUUUGUGAAUCAUACAGCCUGUUACAGCUGCUCUACUCUGCUAUUGUGAUGCAAAAACAGCCGUAAACGGUACACAAAGAAAUGAGUAUGGCUGUAUUCCAAUAAAACUUUAUUUACUAAAACAGGUAGCAGGACUUGGCCUUCAGGCCUCAGUAUGCCAGCCCCUGGCCUAGACCAUGAGGAAGGGCUACGUUUAAGGGAAUCAGAACACAACAAAUGUUUUAUUCUUCUUUAAUUUAUUAGUUUGUAUAGAUUGCUGGUGAGAAAGAUGUUCUCUUAGCAUAAUUUGAAGCCCUUUUCUUUAGCAGAAGCCCUGGUGGCUCAGUGGUUAAACCACUCGGCUGCUAACUGAAAGGUCAGAGGUUCGAACCCACAAACUGCUUGCCGGAGAAAGGUGUGGCAGUCUGCUUCUGUAAAGACUUACAGACUUGAAAACUCUAUGGGGCAGCUCUACUCUGCCCUGUAGGGUUGCUACAGGGUCGCUUUGAGUCGCAAUCGACUCGACAACAGUGUGCUUGGUUUUUUCUUUGGUUUGAGAUUUUAAAGUUAUGAGAUUUUUGUUGUUGUUGUUUCUUUCUUUUUAAAUAAAAAUCUUUUAUUUAAGCACAUGUUAAAAUGUGUUCAUGUUCAUUCCAUUAAAUGUCUUGGUUGCUUUCCCAGACUUCAAAUUGCAGUGAAUUUAUCCCCAAAGGAUGUUUGGUAUCAACUCUCAAGAUGCAAUUUGAAUGUAGUCUGCUUCUAUAAUUGAAACAGGAUCCCAAAUCUUCAUUAUUUAAGUUCUAUAGAAAAUAAUGGAUCGUUGAAAUGCCUGUUACUCAGCACUGUUAAGAUAUACGGAAUCCUUUGUUUUCCUGUAGCUCUGUAUCAGCUCCAAGGAUGAAAUAGCAUGAAGGUCUUUAUUUUAGAGCUCUAUAUGAGGCAUUAGAUUAUGAUUUUGUAGCUAAGCCAUGGUAAACUCAGAUUAUAACGCAGCAGUUUUUUCCACUAGUAAGCAUUUUCUCGUAGGAUUCGGAGUCCAGGAAUCAUUUGCUCUAACAAUUUAAAUAGUUUCCUUGCUAUUUUAUUCCUGUGGUAAUGGCCUAUUUUUAUAAAAAUCCCAUCAUGUUGUCACCUAAUAAUAAGGAUUAGUAGUAGCAUCAGCAUCUUUCAGAAAAACAGCGUUAGUAACGGUGCUGGUGGUAGCAGAAGUAUUGUUUGACUGGGUGGCAUGUUUGGGCAGCCAGCCUUUCCCUUUAAACCCUCUGAUAAAGGCAUCAGUGGUGUUCGCACCUUCCGCACCCAAGGGCAGCUGUGUUGGGGAAGGAGGAGUGGCGUCAGCAGGCCUGGCAUUUUCAACAUCUCAGCCUCCCUGUGACCUGCCUGAAGUGAAUGCCUUAGUGACCCGACCCCUAGACCUACUGUAAAGAAGGGUACCUGGGUUCUCUUGGUUUAUACAACAGUGUACGUGUGAAAGGUGGUGGGGUAGUUAAGCGCUUGGCUGCUAACCAAAAGGUCGGUGGUUCGAACCUACCAGCUGCUGUACUGGAGAAGGAUGUGACAGUCUACAUCCAUAAAGGCUACAGCCCUGGAAACCCUGUGAGGCAGUUCUCCUCUGUCCUGUCAGGUCACUGUGAGUUGCAAUUGACUCGAGGGCAACAGGUUUGGUGGCUUUUCAGGGUGUGUGAGAUAUUCACCCUCAUUCUGCCUUUCCUCUGUGUCAUCUAGAACAAUGAGACGGGGCCAUGGAAAGAGCAUGUGUUUCACAAUCCAAACCUACAUUAUUUGGAUGAGCCGUUUAACUUCCUUGACCUUCUGUUUUCCUCUCCUGUGAAAUCAGAAGAAUCAGGCAAACUUUAUAUUAUACAAUAAUUUUGAGACUUAACGAGGAUGUAUGUUUGAGUGCUUUGUAAAUUGUAUUCUCAUGUUCGAGUUAUUUUUACUGUUCAACUAGCCGUCUGGCCCUGUCUUGUUCAGAAGAACCCUUUACCAUCAUUACGAUAACUAAAUCCAUGCUGCUGUGCACCCUGGAGCAUGUCACGUGGAGUUGCCCAUGUGAGAAGCAGCUUCAUUGCAAAGCAGCCAGGGUCACCGUACGGCAGAAUGCCGGGGGGAACCAUCCACAUUGUGUUGAGUGAAUGGCACCCCCGAAAACCCAAAAUCAGUACUAAAACCCAGUAAAGUUCCAAGUAGCUGCCUUUGUAACUUUCAAUUUUAGGGCUCAUAUUUGAAACUAGUGUUUGUUUUCUCAGUCUACAGCAUUUUAAUACAUUGGACAGGUCUGUCUCUACCAGUACUCUUUCUAACCUUUUGUUGAGUCUUGGUGUUAGUUACUCUGGAGGACAGCUGCCUUCCAAAGCUCCCUAAAGUAUAUUAUGUAUUUGCCGUUAGCUCGUAUUUAGAACUGGACCAAGCCAAGCAUAGCAUCCAAAUGUGAUGACCGUCCUUGCAGUCGUUUACAUGUGAUACAGUCACAAACAGAAAGAAACUUAAUUUUAUGUACAGUAUGUGAAUUCGAGGGACAGGUGGCUGUGAAUGUAAGGCUCUAGUACCUUCUGCCCAUGUCAAAUGAGCUAAACCCUUCCCAAAAAGCCAGCCGGGAAAACAUAUGAUACCAUUUGCAAUGAUAGAAUGUUGCAUGCUGUUCUUCUGUAGUUAUAAUGGUCGGAUCCAUGUGGGGCAGGUGAGUUUUGCUUAACAAUCAUUAAUCUAUUGAGUCUUAGUUUCAACGGCCCAUCUUGAGGAGCAGCAGUAUCUGGCUGGAUGAGUAGGGCUUUGAUUUCAUCGUAAUAAGGAUAGCUUUAUUAAACACUGCUGCUCAGUGGUGCCUAAGGUUCUGGGUAAAACCAAAAAAAAAAAAAAAAAAAAACCAAAGCCAGUGCCGUCAAGUCGAUUCCGACUCAUAGCGACCCUAUAGGACAGAGUAGAACUGCCCCAUAGGGUUUCCAAGGGGCGCCUGGUGUAUUCGAACUGCCGACCCUUUGGUUAGCAGCCGUAGCACUUAACCACUAUGCCACCGGGUUUCCACAAGGAUUCUGGGUGGAGAAGUUUUUUCUCCCUGUCCCCCUUUUUUUUUCCUCCUUUUGAAUGGUGGGGGUGAAUUGUUCCUCUCUUACGUCCCCUAGGUUACUAUUUGUGCUCUCUCUUGAUCUCCUGCUUGUCCUUUUAUUUCUCCACAUUGUGAAAGUUUCUUUGUGUGUGACCGGGAGUCUGUUUAACAGACCAUAUUGUGAGUGAAGGGCCAGCGUUUGUUGCCUCAUUUUGGCAACACUGGGCAGUCAGCUGGGAUGUAAUUAAGACUCUGAGAACAGGCUGUCUUCUCCACGGGAAGGGCAUGUUAGAUGUUGCUGGGAUUUGGGGCUGUCAGUUUGGCCAAGACUGGAGACAGAGAGCUAGGGACAGAGAUAUUUCCUUUCAUUUAUAAUCCCUUUAUGUACAGUGUGUGCACUUGGCGAAGUUUAUAUGUAACCUAGUGGCUAGAGCCUACAAGACAACGCAGUGAAAUUAGCAUAUGUUACAUGUAUAUUUUAGUAAUAUUUUAAAGCAAGUGCAUAUUUCCAAAGUGAAUUAUGCAUGGAUGACAGCAAUAGGGUUGUGUUGCACUGGGUGUCAAAUCCCACAACUUUUUGUCGAGACCCUGGAUUUUGCAGUAAAAAGGCAGAAAGACUAAACGAAGUAAAACAGUUUUAAUUUUUAACAGUUUGGUUUGGCCCAAAGAGCCAGGCUGUGACAGAUAUAACUGACAUUUGAAUAAUUGGAUUAAUUUAGAGAAGGGCAAAUCCGGUUUUGACGGUUGUGCUUGUGUAUAUGUCUUUUUGUGUGUGUGUGUGUGUGGGAAUGGAGUUGUGUGGUUUAAAUAUGCACUUUGUGUGGUGCCAAGCAGAGCUUGAGGAAAUGCCACAAAAUUUGUGAAAUUAUCAUUUUAGUAUUUUGUUUUAAUGUGUUUGUGUAUGUAUUCAUGUAGUAUUAUACAUUCUUCAUCUGUUGUAUAAAAUACAUCUAUAAUAUAUUCUUUAUUCCACUCCCUGGGGCACACAUAGAUACACACUACAUAUACCAGCACAUUGUAUGUACACCUGGGAAGUUGGUAAGUACAAUUUGAGGAUAAUGUGUACCACUUCAAAGGCUGUAUAGUAGAUGUACAGACAAGGAGACUUACCAUGACCUUGGUAAGCCCGUUUCCUUCCCAUAUCACUGUAUUAUAGAACAUCAAAAUGUAGCAGAAAAAAGUGACUUUGGUAUCUGGUAUCAGUAGCCAAACUCCAUAGGGUUAAUUCUCCAGCCCUAAAUUUCUUUAGAUUUAUGUGGCUUUUUUAGCCUCUUACGUGAAGAUAAUCUCAGUGACGAGAAACCAAGUAAUACUCUGUAAUACCUUCCUUCUCCACAAAUCUGGUAAUGAAAUCCUCCAUCUAAAAUCAUCUCGCCAAGAUGAGAACUUGUCACAGGCAGCCUUGAAUUGUGGCUCCAAGCUGGCUCUAAGAGACUGUUCCCCAGCAGGACAUUAAUAGACAUUAACACUCCUGCAAGAAGUGUUGAUGUGUGGUUUAUAAUGUUAGCACCCAGUUAGGCAGGUAUAACACAUGCUGUAGGAAUCUUGUACCAACACGUGUGUGUGUGUUGAGACAGAUUAAUGAGAACCAUAAAAGGAGAGACAUUCCACUCAAGCUGGGGCCUCAAUUCAGUCCUCCUUUAACCAAGCAAACCUAGUGCUCGGCUGGGUGGAAAUGUCCUGGUUUGGAAGAUUCCAGUAUUAGCAUAAAGAGGAUGUUUGAACGUUUUGUUGUGCUCUCUUGUUCCCUGAGCGUGGAGCCCAACGUGUUAGUCAGUACUUCACGUUAACACUCCUUUUCAUCGAGUGCCAUUCAUGCUUAGGGCAAAGGAAACUGUCACAAUACUCACAACUAGACAGCGAGGCAAACAUUAGUCUCCUCUCUCUCAGGUUUGUCUGACACUUCUGCAAGUGUCUUGGAAUGGUUCUGAGCACCUUUCUGGUUUACUUUGUAAAUGGGGCCAUGAAGCCUUCUUGUCCCCUGACUGGCCCUCCUUCGAGGAUUCUCAAAGCGUUUUAAAAUUGUGUGUUUUUCUGGGGCAGCCUUGAAAACCCCAGGAGUGAAGUUGCCAUCUGUCCCUUAUAUUAAAGGAAUCUUCUGCAUCGUAUACCUGAUGUGCUUGUCCCAGAGAUAGAUGCUGUUAAUUAAAGGACAGCAUUUGUCCUUUAUCUGAAAUAAAUCUUCUCUCUUGCCUGGAGAACAGUUUCCUGAGCCUUAGGAAACAGUUAAGGACAUUCUUCCCAGAGUCCUGAUGUUUACUAAAGGUUCUCAGACCAGAAUCUAUCCUUCAGCUUUCAUUUGAUUAGGCAUGUGGAGUAAGGAAGUAGUCUUUUUGUUGUCAUUGCUUGUUGUCUAGUUCAUUUACCUACCAGGAUUAUGGCCUUUUGUAAAGACUUAUAGAAAUGAGUAGAACAUAUAUUGUUAAUGGUAUUUUGUGACUUGUGUGUUUGUGUGUGUGGGCAGAUUCAAAAAUAGCAAGUUGCCAGGCAUUCCCAUCACCAUGCAUCUUUGUGCAAUAGACCCAACAGCACCUAUAUCCCCCAAUGCCACCCCUCCACUUUGCUACUAUGCAGUCUUUAUUUCUAUACCCCAUGCCCCUGGGAAAAGAAAAAACUGCCCCUACCGCCUGCCACGUGCAGAGCCAGAGUUGUGCCAAAUCACAGCUAGCGUAUGGACAGGGAGAAAGAAACGGUCUCCCUUAACCUGCUGGAUCUCUGUCUCUUGAAGCUCAGAACAUAAUUUGGAUUCGUGAUACAGGAAAGCAGCUGGGGCCGUGUGGCUGUGAACUGUGAUCGAAAAGCAUGUUAGCCUCUGUAGUCCUGAGAAGGAAGGUGGUGAGAGACUAGCUCUGAGGAGCAAGUGAGAAGGUGGUACCCCCAGAUCCUAUUGGCUGAGGACCAUGUCCAGGCGGAGGAGAAGAGGUGGGUCUAGCUGUCGAGCUGCCCGUGCCCUAGUGAGGAGAAUAAAAGAGCGGACUGAUUUUCUGGCAACGUAACAGUCUAAACUAAGGCUCAAGUGUCGUAUGUGAUUCACUUUUAAAGGGAAUUCAAAUUAGAUCUAAUCCUCCAUCAUCUUUCUUCUUCUUCUUCUUAAUCAUAAAAAAAAAAAAAAAAAGCCGCCAGCGAGGCGAUUUCAACUCAUGGUAACUCCAUAUGUGUCAGAGUAGGACUGCGCUUCCUAGGGUUUUUAGUGGUUGCUUUUUUGGGUGUAGGUGUCCAGGUUUUUCUUCUGAGGCACCUCUGGGUGGACUCGAACCUCCCACCUCUUGCAUAUUAACCGUUUGCACCACCCAGGGACUUUUCGUUGUCAUACAGACUAGAAACCUGGUAGGCAACAUAGAAGAGUGGUGUAGGGUUGGAUGGAAAGACUCAGGAGUGGUGGGACUGCGGUGAAGAGGUGAGCACUUACACUGUCUACAGAGGACAGUUGCAUCUUAACUCCAGCCAGUGUUUACCUUGUUGGGGGGUGGGGGGCUGUGGGCCCAAGGCUGCAAAUCCUUAGAUUUUUCAGUAGAAGCUGUGAAUGUGAAAUCUUUGCAUUUUGGGUGUUAGCAGAUAAUUCACUGUUUUACAGCAGUGCAGGCCAGAUAAGACUCCUCUCAAGUAGGAUGUACUUUAUGGCCUGCUGGUUUGCACACACUGGUGCACAAAAUGCAGUAACAUUACCCAAGUGGGGAUAUACCAAAUAAUAAGCUGGCAGUGUGGAAGCAUUUCAAAGAAUAGAGGGAAACUCAGCCCUAAACAACUGUUAGUGUUCUGGUAUAUUUCCCUUUGAGUAUUUUGUUUACUGCAUAGGCAUUUUAUAUACACGUUUUGAAGUAGCUGUAAUCAUAGGAGCUUGUGUUUUUUCACUUACAAAAUGCAUGUUAUAGGCGGUUUCCAUAGAUACUUUAUAAUGGCUGCAGGGCAUUCCAUCAGGAGAGUGUAGCUCAAUAUGCAAAGUCAUUCCUCUGUUGGACAUUUAAAUUGCUUUUGAUUUAACAUUAUAAGUAAUGUUGUAAUUACACGUUUGCUCAUAUUGUUUUUUCCUUAUUUUGGAUUAUUUCCUUAGACUCUGAAAGGAGGAUUACAAAAUCAAAAGGUAGCAAUUUUUUAUGGGCUUUGGUACGUAUUGCCAAAUUGGUUUCCGAAAAUGUUGUACCAUUUUACACUGCAAUCAGCAAAAUAUGAGUAUAUGAGUUUCUGCUAUAUCCUUGCCAGCAUUAUUAUAUUUUAGAGAGCUUUCCGCUAAAUUUGUAGGUAAAUGAACAUGGGACUUCAUUAUAGUUUGAGUGCCUACUUGUUUGAGGUUUUCCCAUAUAACAUCUGUAUUUUCUGAAGUGAAUUUUUGUUGAAUUGUUUUUUUUUUCCCCAAAUAAGUUCUCUGUUAACAGUUGAUAAGUAAUGUGGGAAGAGCUCCUUGGCAAGCCCCUUCUCUGGGGGACCCUCUAUUGCAGCAUUGGUGCAGCUGCUACUUUUAACUGUGCGUUAACUUGGAGGUGGGCCAGGGCCCAAGCAGGAUCCCCUCCUGAAAUGGGGCUCUCGUGUGUCUGGCGAACCACAAGCUCAGGGCUGUAUCUGCCAAUAUGUUUUUGGCAGAGAUAUCUGAUAAAAUCCCGUUUUGCCCUGUUCUGUGAAACAUAGUCACAAAAUUGGAUGAUAGUUACCUGAUGCCAUUUUUUGGUAACAGCUAAUCUCCAUGUCUUAGACAGUUGUUGUCCAUCACCCUGCCUGUUCCCUCCUUCACCAGCCCGCUUCGGUGCAUAUUCUAAUGACAAGUGAUAUAUUAUCUGAGUUUUUUGUAGCGUAGUCUAAUGGAAGGGGCACUGAGCCAGUAGUAUAAAGACUGGGCUUCCAUUUUUGGCUCUGCCCUUUGUUCAAUAAUGGCUUAACAACAGUAACAAAUAAUUAUCGAGUUCUGAAAUGCUUUUUAGCAUUUUUCAUAUGUCGUUGAAUCUUCCCAACAAUCCUAUGAGGCAGGCACUAUUAUUAUCCCCAUAUAGGUGAGGAAACUCAGGCUCAGAAAGAUGAAAUGCUUGUCCUAUAUCACACUUGGUCUGUCUGAGCUAAAAUGGAGUUUUCACCUCUCUGGAUCUCAGUUUCCCCGUCUGCAAAAUGGAAUUGCUUCUCUUUAUCUCAUAGCAAUGGCCUGGAACUAAAAUGAUGUCAUGUGUAUAUUAAGUUGCGUUGAGUAUUGAAGUUCAGCACAUACAAUAGAUUGUUGCUAACUAGUUUGCCUCUCUGACCUUCAGCUUCUUCAUCCAUAAAAUGUAGGUAUUGAAUCAGGUUAUAUUGAUUGGUUACUUUCAACUAUAACAUUUCCUCAUUUUCACAGGCUCAAAUCUUGGUGAACAAAGCCUGUGUGGUUCCCAGGGGCUGUGCGUACCGCACACACAGUCACAGCCUUCCAGGUACAACUGUCCCUCUGAGCCAUGCUUCUUGGGAAGAAGUGGAAACUUUUAGGAAGGAGGGAUUUCACUCUCCUGUGUGCAGAAAGGCACAGGGAAACUCACAUGAAUGGGCGGUUAAGAUACCAGCGUCCACUGGCCACUUUAGCACCAUCUGGAACUGCUUACUUUGGCUCUGAGGAUAUUGUCACCUCUUACAUAUAGAAAGGGGAAUGUUCUUUAUUUCUGUUACCUCAUCCUCAGGUGGGAACUUAAUUAACCAAAGUGGCUGACGGAGAAAGCAAGGCACCAAGUCAGCUCCGCACAGAAAAUGCGUUCAGGCUUAAUUUCAUACGUAUUGGUUCUUGUGUUUUGUUUUUUUAAAAGUAGGGAUUCAGGACCCCAUAUGGCACUUAGCCUCCUACCUAAAGAUCAUCAGCCAUAGACGAGGUGCAGGUGUCCUGGCACAGAGAGCAGAGGUUAUUUUUGCUGCUGGGCUCCCACCAUCUCAGAGUUUAGCAGUGGCAAGGCUGCACCGCAGGAGGCUGACCCCAGAAGCUCUCCCCUUGGUAGGGAUGGCACAGUCCCACCUCCUCGGCUGGCUGUCAGCUUGAUCAAACGUAGGUCACAGCCACACUCACAGAAAAGUAUCUAAACUUACUCCUGUUUGCUACUUAAUUGUUGCUUCCCAGUUAGAUUCAUUCAGAGAGAAGUAACAACUGUAGUUGUCACCCAUCCUGGGUGUCUCUCUGAAGCCUGCAAUGAUGGUAUCUUGGUAUUUUCUUUGAGGUCAACCCCCAGGCCACAGGUUGAAAAGGCACAGUUUCUAGGACGGGAUUAGACACAGAGGUUUGGAAACGUGGAUUCUCCUUCUGGCUCUGCCUCUCCCUAGGGUUUUCUGUAAAGUGAAGGGAUUUAGACUGGGUCAAGGAUUUCAAUUCAGAUGCUACUGGGCAGAUAACAAAAAUGAGGAGGGGCUGGUAGUUAACUGGGAAGGAGCACGAGGGAACUUUUGGACAGGGGUGGAAGUGUGUAUCUUGAUUUGGGUGAUGGUGACAGGGGCAUAGACAUUUUUCAAAACUCACUGAACUCAUACUUCAGACCUUUACGUUUUACUGUCUCUAAAACAAGUGUAAAGUACAGCAAUGAGCUCUAGCCAGUUCAGAAUGUGGCCCAGUGUUGCUACAUUUCCAAGAAAAACCUGAAAUCGAGAUAUAUUUAUAUGAAAUCUUGGGAUAUGUAGUUUUGUGGGUUCUUUUUAGUCAAACAGAAUACCCGUUUGUGAUUUCUGGACGAGGGGCUUCUUAAUUUUACCCUGGGAGUCAUUUCAGCUCCAGCAUUGAAUGAUUCUGGUUUACUAUGAGACCUUGAACGAAAAAAUUAAACUUGUCUACUCUUCAAUCUUCCUUAUCUCUAAAAUGUUGAUAAUGCAUGACUCCUCUUACAGGGAUGUAAGGUCCCUGCGUGGCACAAAGGGUUAAGUGCUCAGCUGUUGGCCAAAAGGUUGAUGGUUCAAAGCAACCCAGAGGUGCCUCAGAAGAACAGGCCUGGCAGUCUGCUUCUGAAAGGUCACAGCCUUGAAAACGUUAGAGCGCAGAUCUACUCUAAACCUACGGAGUCUGCACACGAGUCAAAAUCCGCCUCGUAGCAAGUAACAAGAGCCACAACUUAGGAGGUUCUGUGCUCUCAAUAUCUUACAGAGACCUGGUGAAGAGCACAUGAAUUACCUUGUGCAAAAGCACUUUGGGACACAAAUAAAUAACAUUUGUGUAUGUUAUUGUGUAUAUGGUGUAUGUAUAUUGUAUAAAUAGUAACGUAAGUGCAAGUUACUAUUACUUUUAUUAUUUUUUAUCAUUGUUAUUCUUAUAAAGAGUUAUUUAGAGUGUGAGUUGCUGUUGUUCAGAAUUAAAUCACCAAGCUUUUAAAAGAUGGCCAGUAAAAAACCUUAGCUGUUCACCAUGAGUAAAUUGCUUGCCUGUGAGUGACCAUGCCGACUUUUCAUUAUCCUUGGAGGAGAGUGCUUCUGUUGUGUGUGGCAAGAAGGGAAGGCGUUUCCUUUGUAUAGAAAUACAGGAGUUCUGGGAGCUGGAAUGCAGGGAAAUGAAGUGGGUGCUAUAUUAAAGAUACCUUGUCACAUGCACUCACUGCCUAGGCAUCGGGGUCUCCCAGCCUUGUCACUGACAUUUUGUGAGCAAGCAGCCAGUAUUGGAGGGUGAUAACUGGAUUAUCUUAAAUGUCAUUCGGCACUGUUUUAGAGUUGCAAGGAGAGUUUUGAUAUUGAGUUGUUGGUUAGUAUAUUCUCUCCCAAUCCUUUAUGAUGAAAUAAUCUCCUCAACUUACAUCUAGAAAUGUCAGAGCUGCUUAUUUUGUAAAUCACCCAUAGCAAUGUUUCCAUUACGAGAUACGCAGAGAAGACUGCAAUAAUGUCACACUAUUUAUAGAAACAUUUCCUGGGAAUCUCGACUCUCCUUGAGUUUUCGUGUGUCUAAUACUAGAGAUUUGUUUUUAUAUUUGUACAUUUUUCUCUUUUCUAAAUUGACUUCAGCUGAGGAUGUUUUACUUUAGUUUUUAGAUAGAGCACAUUUAAAAGUUGAUAAUGUUAGCAUUUAAAAACUAAAACUAAGGCCAGUCUGACAUUUUUUAAAAUAUAAAGAUUCACUUAAUUUGGCUUCAAAUAUUAUAAUAUUCUUUUUUUUUUGGUGUUACAGGUUUGUGUUAAAUAGUCAGUGGGUGUUAUAACAGAUUUAAGACAUGCUGUUUAUAUAGUAUGAAGUAGUAUUUAAUACUCUGCCAAAAGAAAUUUCAUUGUUUAUUUUAUGCUAAGCUACAUUUUUCAUCUUUGUUAAUUCUUUGUAAUGCCAGGCUUAAUAGAAGUAUUACUAUUAACACAGAAUUUAGUCAUUUGCAUCAAGAUUUGCUUCUGUGGAUUUGUACGGAAAUAUGCAUAAACUAGACAUGCUUCCAAGCAUGUCUUAUGUUUUAUUUGGCAACUCUAUUCUAAAUAUUGGCCUUCCCUAAAGAUAAGAUCUUUCUAGACACCCUGAAAUUGAAAAUAUUCACUAUGUCUAUACCAGAGUGGCUCCUUCAAACCCCUUUAUCCUACCCCAUCCUCCCUACUCUACAUUCUAUUAAAAAAGGGGCACGUGAUAUGGGCUAAAAAAUAAAUAAAAACAAUAUAAAUGAUCAUAUUAGGUCGAGCCAUACAAAACUGCCAUUUUUGUACAUCAAAAACAGUUACACGUCAGCAACUUCAUAUGGCUCACCCUACCAGUAACACUUACAUUGUGCUUGACAUGCAUUAAUUCACUUACUGACUACACCAGUCCUAUGACAUAACCAACCACCUCAAGGCGACCUCAUGUGUGUCAGAGGAGAACUGUGCUUCAAAGGGUUUUCAGCCAUUGAUUUUUCCUAAGUAGAUCACCAGUCCUUUCUUUCAAGGCUCCUCUGGGUGGACUUGAACUGCCAAACUUCUGGUUAACAGGUGAGCACAUAAACUCAUAAACUGUUUGCGCUACCCAGGGACCCCCACCCUUUGACAUUGGUACCAUUAUUACCCCCAACUUCCAGAUGAAAAACUGAGGCACAGGUUGACUAAGUAACUGUCAGAGCCAGUCAGCCUAGUUCCAGAGCCUGUGCCUGUAAUUACUGCUCUGUGCUGCCUCUCUGAAAAAAGCAAACUUCCUUUGGCUCCCCCCACCAUGCGUAUUGCUCUCUGUUGCAAAAGUUAAUGUAAUCAGUUUGGUGUAUAUCCUUUCACAUCUUCCACUUAUGUGCAUAAUACAUACGUUUAUAUACAUACCAAUAGAAAAUGUACAGUAUUAUUUUAUUCUUUUCAUUCUUUCCCAUACAAUGUCCUAUCUUCAUUUUUUUCCCUUGUUCAUUCAUUACUUCUUUCCCUCUUUCUUUUUUAUGAAAUUGGUAUGGUCUAUAUAGUUCCACAACUUGCUUUUUUUUUUUUCCUUAUUGUAAUCCGACUUAGAAAACUAUUCAUCUUAAUAUGUAAAAAUCUAAUUCGUUAUUUUUACUGCUGUUUCAUAUUCUAUAACAUGGAUGAUAAAAUCCAAAACCAAACCAGUUGCCAUCCAGUUGAUUCCAGCUCAUAGUAACCCUAUAAACCAUUGCUGUCAAGUUGAUUCUGACUCAAAGCCAUCAUAUAGGACAGAAGUGAACUGCCCCAUAGGGUUUCCAAAGAGCAGCCGGUUGAUUCGAACUGCUGACCUUUUGGUUAGCAGCCAAGCUCUUAACCACUCUGCCACCAGGGCUCCAAAUAUGGAUGGUAUAAAAACUUUAUUUAACUAUUUUGCUGUUGAUGACAUUUAAUUUUUUUGUCUUCCCUCUCUUUUUUUUUUUUUUACCAUUACAAACCAUAUUGCAGUGAUCACUCUUUUUCAUACCUCUUGAUCAUAGAUCUCAAGAAAUGGCAUUAAUAGUUAAAGUGUGGGCACGCUUAAAAUCUUGGUAACUGUCAGGUAGCUCUCUAAAAAAGCUGUGCCAAUUUCUAUUCCUAUCAACUUUGUGUGAAAUGUUGAUGUCAAUUUAUCAUUCUUGUUUAUUUUAUUUUUGCCAUUUUGAUAGGUGACAAAGUCUAUCUUGUUUUAAUAUGCAUUUCCCAGAUCACCAGUGAGGUCGACCAUCUUUUCACAUUAUUACUGGACAUUUUAAAUUCAUCUUGAAUUGUCUGUUCAUAUCUUAUACGUGUUUUUCUGUUAGAUUGUUUAUCUUUCUCCUAUCGAUUUAUAAGGAAACGCUGGUGGCAUAGUGGUUAAGAGCUACAGCUGCUAACAAAAAGAUCUGCAGUUCGAAUUCACCAGGCGGUCCUUAGAAACCCUGUGGGACAGUUCUACUCUGUCCUGUAGGGUCGUUAUGAGUGGGAAUUGACUCGACAGCAGUGGGUUUGGUUUUUUGGUUUUUAUGUUUUUGUUAUUAAUCUGUACUAUUAUUAUACAGAUAUGCUCUCAGUCUGUCAGUUGUUAUUUAAAUUUCAUUUUGAUUUCUUUUAUCUUACAAAUGUGUUAAUAUUUAUGUAGUCAAUUAUGUUUUUUUCCUUUAUAGUGUUUCCAUAUUGUAUCUUUUUUAAGGCCACUUUUCUUAUGCCAUGUGAAAAUAAAUACACUUGUAUUCUGAUGCUUUUGUAGUUUUAUUUUUAAUGUCUACUUUAAUCCACCUGAACUUCACCUUUGAGAUGGGUCACUAGGUAGAGAUUAACUUUAUUUUUUUUUUUUCUAAGUGGAUAGCCAGUUGGCAGAACAACAUUUAUCGAGUAAAGUGUCCUCACUUCCAUUGAUUUGAAAGGACAGAUUUACCAUAUACUAAAUUCCCAUAAAUUGAUGCGUCAGUUUCUAUACUACCAAUUCUAUUUGAUUUAUAUUUUUUAUCUAAUUACCCAUAUUUUAUGUUUUGAUAUAAGGCCAGUUGUUGUUAGCUGCCAUUGAGUUGGUCCUUAUCUCAUGGCGACCCCUUGUGUUACAGAAUAGAACUGCUCCAUAGGGUUUUCUUGGCUUUUCAGGAACAGUUCACCAGGCUUUUCUUCAGUGGAACCACCGGGGGGGUUUGAACCACCAACCUUUAGAUUAGCAGCCAGUCAUAAAUACCAAUUGUGCCGUCCAGGCUCCUCGUAAUAGGGCCCACCCCCUCCCAUUUUCUUUUUAAAAACUGUUAACUAUUCUUACACCUUUUUCUUCCAGUUUAAUUUUAGAAUCAGAUAGUCAGAUUUCAUUAUAAGUAUCUUGUUGACAUUUUUAUUAUGAAUAUAUUGAAUUUAUAGAUUUAUGUGUUGGAGAGCUUUAAAAAAAAUUAAGUUUCCCCGUUCUUUAACAUGAUUAUCUCUUUCUUUAUUUAUAUCAUCUUUUGUGUCCUUAAGUAGAGUUUAGAAUUUUUCAUCACAUCUUACUAAGUUCAUUUCUAGACAUUCUGUAGUGUUUCUUGCUACUGAAAUGGAAUUGUAGGUAUAUAGAAGAGCUGCUGAUGUUUCAUGUUUAUCUAGUUAACUUACUAAAGCUUUUAUUAGUUCUAGUAGUUUUUCGGUUGAUUCCCUUAGAAUUUCUAGGUAAGGAAUUACAUAAUCUAAAAUAACAGUGAUGUUGCUUUUUUCUAUGUAAUAUAUGUACUUUUAAAAUUUCUCUUUCUUACUCUCUUAGCUGUGAUUUCCAGAAUAAUGUUGCAUAGUCAUAGGGGUAAUGUAUAUAUUUUUCCUGAUGUUAAUUGGAAUAGUACUAAUGUUUUACAAUUAAAUUUAAGGUUUGCUGAGAUUUCUAGUAAAUACCCUUUAUUAAAUAAAGGAAUUUUUAGUUUCCAUCCAGUAAUGAGUAUUGAAUUUAAUGAGAUUCUGUUUUGGAGGGGAGUGGGGGAAGACAGCAGUGGGUGUCUACUGAGAUGAUCAGAUGGAUUUUCUCCUUUAAUCUGUUAAUGUGGUUUAUGGUGUUAUUAGAUUUUAUACUGUUGAACCAUCCUUGCAUUCCUGGGAUAAACCUUUCUUGAUCCUGAUGUAAUGAUGGAUUUGAUUUGCUAGUAUUUUAUUUACAAUUUUUAUAUCCAAAUACAUAGGUGAGAUUUCCCUAAAAAGAUCUUCUCUGGUGCUCUGCUCCUUCUCAGCAAAUCUCAGUAGGACUCAUUCAUUCCUAACUUUCCUGUGAGGUUGACCCUUUUGAAGUUUGUCCACGGCUUGAUUGGCUUUUGGCCAUUUUAGCAUCAGGGCUUUUGCAUGUAACUUCCUUCAAAUCUUUGAACUUUAUUUCUAUUUAUAGCUUUCCAGAGAAAAGGCAAGAGUUUGCAUUUUCAACUUUUUUGAUCUUGCCUCCCAGCUUCUUUAUGGAAAGAAAUGAAAAGCAGUUAGGGUAAAUAUUUCAUUGAAACGUGAUGCUGCACCAUUAUAAAACCUGUAACUGCCCCUUUCAGCUGGAAAGGAGCAAUUUUUCUUUUUAUUAGUUCUUUGCUCAUUGAAAUUAUAGCCUUAUUUAGUCAUAAUUUGUAUCAAAUGUUUCCCUAGAAAUAGUUAUUUACUAUUUUACAGUGAGAAACACCUGGUUUGGAGAAGACAGUCUUAUGUAGAGUUAAGCAGGAAUGUCAGAUACAUGGCAUGCAUAGCACCACUCCCCUUCUCGUGCCGCUGGCAGGUGUUAUCUUAACGCAGGUUUUCAUCCUGAGUUUGUAUUCCCCCUUCUCAACACAGCAUUUCAGACAGCUUCUACCGGUGGAUUGGAACUUGCAACUUAGACUGAAUCUAUUUUGCAGGUCCUUUUGUUGUUGUAUGGCAUCGAGUUGAUUCCCACUCGUGGCGACACCGUAAAGCAGAGUAGAACUGCUCCAUAACAUUUCCUAGGCUAUAAUCUUUACCAGAGCAAAUGGCCAGGUCUCUUCUCUGUGGAGCUGCUGGGUGGGUUCUAACUUCCAACCUUUUGGUUAGCAGCCGAGCGCUUAAUGAUUGGGCUACAAGGGUUCCUGUUUGUACCAGUAUAGCUUGGGAGCCAGGAGUCCUAGGCUUUCAACUCCCAGCUUGCACUGUGAGAUGAAGUCAUUUCAGUACCCAAUCUUAGUUUUCACAGUUAUACAAGGAGGAGAUUAAACUAGGUGAUUGCUCGUGGAUCUUCUGUCGUGAAUGUUUUCUCUUUACACAUGCUCCCACAAUGUUGUUUCAGGCACCAAGAUUUAUAUAUUUUCUGGUUUUGUAAAUCUCCCUUACACUGUGCAUUUGUUAUUUUCAUAUCACCAUUUUACUAUUUUCUUGUUCAAUUACAUAUUUUUGAUAUUCUAAUUUGUACAAUACUUUUUCUAAAAUUUUUCUGAAUUUUAUUAUUUUGUUGUUGCUGAGAAUAUACACACAAAAAAAUAUACCAAUUCAACAAUUUCAACAUGUACAAUUCAGUGACACUGAUUACAUUCUUUGAGUUGUGCAACCAUUCUCCCCUUCCUUUUCUGAGUUGUUCCUCCAUCAUACAUAAACUCACUGCCCUGUAAGGUUCCCGUUUAAUCUUUGGAGUUGCUGUUGUCAGUUUGACCCCGUUAAAAAAAAAAAAAAAAAAAAAAACUAUUUAGUCGAUUCCAACUCAUAGCAACCAUAUAGGACAGAGUGGAACUGCCCCACAGAGUUUCCAAGGAGCUCCUGGUGGAUUUAAACUGCUGACCUUUUGGU